UCCCAGCCUUGCCUCGGGUGUAGGGAUUGCAAGGUAAAAAGCAAAACUACACGGUGACUCUGUGUAGUUUUGUUUUUGGGGGAUAUUUCGAGGCUCAACCGUUCUCACCUUGGAUUUCUGGAAACACAUUUGGAUAAAGAGAUUGUUUCAGAAGCUAUAGACUUCUGGGCAAAGUCCCAUCAGUGACAGGCAUCCUUGUGACACAAGGUGCCUACCAACAUGUCAACACAGGCGCCAACGUUUACACAGCCGCUUCAGAGCGUUGUGGCACUUGAGGGUAGUGCUGCAACGUUCGAGGCUCAAGUUAGUGGUAAUCCAGUUCCUGAGGUGAGCUGGUUUUGUGAUGGCCAGGUUCUUUCCGCUGCCGCUCUGCCCGGCGUUCAGAUCUCGUUCAGCGAUGGCCGCGCUGUUCUGAAGAUCCCUGCUGUGACAGCCGCACACAGUGGAAGAUUUUCCGUGAGAGCCACCAAUGGCGCUGGACAAGCCACUAGCACCGCUGAACUUCUUGUUACAGCUGAGACCGCGCCACCCAACUUCAUUCAGAGACUUCAGAGUGUUACGGUGAGACAAGGAAGCCAAGUGAGACUGGAUGUUCGUGUGACUGGAAUCCCUACACCUGUGGUGAAGUUCCUCAGGGAGGGAGCUGAGAUUCAAAGCUCCGCUGACUUUCAGAUUGUACAAGAUGGAGAUCAAUACAGUUUGUUGAUUGCAGAAGCCUUCCCAGAGGAUUCUGGGACCUAUUCUGUCAGUGCCUCCAACAGCAGUGGCCGUGCCACCUCUACUGCUGAACUGCUCGUUCAGGGUGAAGAGGUUGCAGUGCCUGCUAAGAAGACCAAGACCGUUGUCUCAUCUUCACAGAUUUCUUCUUCUUCACAGACUCGUCAGACUAGAGUGGAGAAGAGAGUGGAGGCUCGUUUCGAGUCCUCUAUGAUGCAAAUGCAAAUGGAGGGAGGGGAGGUCACCCAGCAGCACCUGGCACACAAGACUCCCCCACGUGUGCCUCCCAAGCCAACCUCAAGGUCCCCCCCAUCAAUGGUGUCAAAAGUUGCAGCCACUCGUCACCAGUCCCCCUCCCCCGUGAGACAUGUGAAGGCACCCACCCCCACCCCUGUCAGACCUGUGUCCCCGUCCUCGAGACUCUCAGUGUCCCCAAUCAGACCGGUGAAGUCUCCCAUCACAGGCCGCAAGCAGCUCAUCCCGGGCGUGGACGUACCUCCACCUUGGAAGCAGGAGGGCUACGUGGCUGAGGGCAGCUACACCACCAUGACCUCGGGAGCCACCCACGUCCAGACCACUUCCUCCAGCCAGAUGCAUAUGGAACAGCACUGGGAGGCCUCUUACUCCACACGCCAGCAAGUCAGUGGUGCUGUUGCCAUGGAGGGUGAGGUUGGGAAAAAGGCAGCUGUGGCAACAGUACUAGCUGCUGUUGAUCAAGCGCGUGUCCGAAAGCCCAUGUACUCUGAGGGCGGCCUUACUGAAGAGGAAGCCAUAGAGCAUGACUUAAAUCAGCAAGCCAUGCUCUUCUCAGAGCAACAAGUCAGAACCACGACAGAGGCUGUGGCAAUGCCCACUGCUAUGCAAAUGGGUUCCUCUGCACAGACAGUUCAUGUCUCCCAGAUUCAGACCCAAAUGGAUACUGGCCUUGCCCCAUCUCCAGUUCCACAUUUCACAGUUUCAAAAGUUACUGUUCCUAAACCUGACCAUAGUUAUGAGGUUUCGAUUGCAGGGUCUGCUAUUGCCACUCUGCAGAAAGAGUUGUCCACUACCGCUGCUGCUCAAACAAUCAUCAGGCAUGUCCAGCCACCAUCUCAUAGGAUCAUGGAGGCAAGACUGACUCCUGAGCCAAUCUCAUCUCCGUUUAAAGAUGUCGGUGACAGAUAUCAGACCAGUUUUGAAACACAGUUACAAAAAGAGAUAGGCACUUCACUGACAGGUGGCAUGGAUCAAAAGUACGGCGAUUGGGACAUUCAGUUUGUUGAGAUGGCAAUGGUUCCCUCAGAAGCUAAAGAGGCUACUGUUCCUCCUACACUUGUGGCUGGAUUGAAAAAUAUGACAGUUACUGAGGGAGAAUCUGUGACAUUGGAGUGCCAGAUUUCUGGCCACCCGGCCCCAGGCAUUAUGUGGUUCAGGGAGGAUUACAGAAUUGAGAGCUCCAUUGAUUUCCAAAUUACAUAUGAGGGUGGAUAUGCACGUCUGGUGAUCCGCGAGGCCUUUGCUGAGGACAGUGGUCGCUUCACUUGCACUGCUACCAACGAGGCUGGAACAAUCAGCACAUCUUGCUACCUGCUUGUGAAAGUGUCUGAAGAGAUUGAGAGCAGAGAGGAGUUAACUACUGUUUCUGAGGAAAUUGAAACUGCCCAUGAAGAGGCACAGAUUACUGUUACUGAAGCAAAAGAAGAGACUAUGUCUGUGACCAGCGGCUUUUCUGAGACUGUUGAAGCUGCAGCCACUGUAGCCCCAUUCUUUAUCAAGAAACCCACCGUCCAGAAGCUUGUGGAGGGUGGGAGUGUUGUCUUCGAGUGUCAGAUCGGAGGCAGCCCCAAACCUCACAUUUACUGGAAGAAGAGUGGAGUGCCCCUUACUACAGGAUACAGGUACAGAGUGGCCUACAAUAAGGAGACUGGAGACUGCAAGCUGGAGAUCUCCAUGACUUUUGCUGAUGAUGCUGGAGAGUACUCCAUCAUUGCCAAGAAUCAGCUUGGAGAGGCAUCUGCCUCAGCCCAGCUUCUCUCUGAAGAGGAAUAUGAAGUAUACAUGAAGAAAUAUGAAGCAACAAUGACGACAGUGACCAUGACCAUGGUGCAGGAACCCAGAGUUGGUGAUGUUCCUCCUGUGGUUGUCAGUGAAUAUGAGAAGAGAACACAGACAAUGACCUUUGUUACUGGACAGGAAUUCCAAAUAUCUGCCUUUGAGCAAAAAAUAAUCCAAGAGAUUGAACUUCGCAUUUUGAGGAUUACCUAUCAAAUGCUUGUCACUGAAGACAGAGAAGAGAUGGUUAUGAUUGCAGAAGAUCAGGCCACACAACCAACCUUUGACACACCCGUGAAAAGUUACAGAAUCAUGGAAGGAAUGGGAGUCACCUUCCACUGCAAAAUGGCUGGCACUCCCCUCCCCAAGAUUGCUUGGUUCAAAGAUGGCAACCGCAUCAGACACGGAGGCCGUUACCAGAUGGAGUUUCUCCAGGACGGAAGAGCCAGUCUGCGUCUGCCCGUGGUGCUGCCAGAGGAUGAGGGUGUCUACACUGCUUAUGCUUGCAACAUGAAGGGCACUGCUGUGAGCUCUGGGAAGUUGUACAUUGAGCCCACCGCUGCUGCUGCUCAGCCACAGUAUCCACAGCCAGAGGCCAUGAAGAGAAUCCGGUCUACCUCUCCUCGCUCCACAAGCCGCUCCCCCGGUCGUUCUCCCGGUCGUUCCCCAGCACGUAGGCUUGAUGAGACUGAUGAGAGCCAACUUGAGAGGUUGUACAAACCUGUUUUUGUCCAGAAGCCUUCCUCCUUCAAGUGUUCUGAGGGACAGACAGCAAGAUUUGACUUGAAAGUUGUUGGCAGACCUAUGCCAGAUACAUUCUGGUUCCACAAUGGACAACAAGUGGUCAGUGACUACACCCACAAAAUUGUCGUCAAGGAAGAUGGAACUCAGUCCUUAAUUGUGGUCCCAGCCAUGCCAGGUGACUCUGGUGAAUGGACAGUUGUUGCUCAGAACAGAGCUGGAAAGACGUCUGUCUCCAUGACACUGACAGUUGAUGCCAAGGAACACUUGAUUAAGCCUCAAUUUAUUGAGAAGCUGAAGAACAUCACUGUCAAGGAGGGCACUUUGGUUGAGCUUGCUGUCAAAGCCAUUGGAAACCCUCUCCCUGAUAUUGUCUGGUUGAAAAAUAGUGACAUUAUUUCUCCUCACAAGCAUCCUAAUAUUAAGAUUGAUGGCAACAAAGGAGAGUCUCGAUUCCAAAUUCCCUCAGGAGCAGGUGCGGACACUGCCUGGUAUACUGCUACAGCCAUUAACAGAGCUGGUAGAGAUACCACUCGCUGCAGGGUCAAUGUUGAGGUUGAGUUCACUGAGCCUCCUCCAGAGGCGAGAAGGCUUGUUAUUCCCAAGGGAACCUACAAGGCCAAAGAGAUUGCUGCUCCAGAAUUGGAGCCACUGCAUCUUCGCUAUGGUCAAGAGCAAUGGGAGGAUGGCGACCUUUAUGACAAGGAGAAACAACAGAAGCCUCAUUUCAAGAAGAAGCUGACAUCAGUCAGACUGAAGCGCGUUGGACCUGUGCACUUUGAGUGCAGACUGACCCCUAUUGGUGACCCCACUAUGAUGGUGGAGUGGCUACAUGAUGGGAAACCCCUGGCUGCUGCCAACAGGCUGCGCAUGGUGAAUGAAUUUGGCUAUUGCAGUCUUGACUAUGAAGCUGCAUAUCCCAGGGACAGUGGUGUGGUCACUUGCAGGGCCACUAACAAGUAUGGAGUUGACCAGACCUCAGCAACACUGAUUGUGAAGGACGAGAAGGGCCUUGUUGAGGAAACCCAGCUGCCAGAAGGCAGGAGGGGACAGAGAAUAGAAGAGAUGGAGCGCAUGGCCCAUGAGGGAGCACCUGCAGGAGUUUCUGGUGAUGACUAUUCUGAGAAGACAAAGCCAGAUAUCGUGCUUCUCCCCGAGCCAGCAAGAGUUCUCGAGGGUGAGACUGCCAGGUUCCGUUGCAGGGUAACCGGUUAUCCCACUCCAAAGGUGAACUGGUACAUUAAUGGUCAGCUCAUUCGCAAGAGCAAGAGAUUCAGACUUCGCUAUGAUGGCAUUUACUACCUUGAGAUAGUAGACAUCAAGUCCUACGAUUCAGGAGAGGUCAAAGUUGUGGCAGAAAACCCAGAGGGUACAGCUGAGCAUGUUGUAAAGCUGGAGAUCGAACAAAAGGAAGACUUCAGAACGAUCUUGCGACGUGCCCCUGAAGUUAAGGCACCAGCACCUGUCGUUCCCUCUGCUGAGCAUGGCAGAGUAUCCUUUGAAGUUGUCAAAGUUGAUAAACCAGCUGAUGUUUCACAGCAAAAAGAGGUUGUCAAACUUAGAAAGGUUGAGAGAGUUGUGCAUGAGAAAUCAACAGAGGAGACAGCGGAGCUGAGAGGCAAAUUCAAGCGCAGAACACAAGAAGGCUACUAUGAAGCCAUUACUGCAGUCGAGCUGAAAGCGCGCAAAAAGGAUGAAUCCUAUGAGGGUAUGCUGAAGAAAAGGAAAGAGGAGCUUCUUCACCGGACCAAACAGUUGUCUGAGGCUGAGAAGAAGAAGCUAGAAGAAGGUACAGUCAAGAUUCCCACAAUCAAACCGGAAAAGUUGGCUCUGUCACCCAGUAUGGAAGCUCCUAAGAUCCAGGAGCGCAUUCAAAGCCAGACAGUUGCUCAGACUGAAGAGGUGCGUUUCCGCAUAAGAGUUGUCGGAAGGCCAGACCCAGAAUGCCAGUGGUUCAAAAAUGGUGUCUUGCUGGAGAAAUCUGACAGAAUUUACUGGCAUUGGCCUGAAAACCAUGUCUGUGAGCUAGUGAUCAGAGAUGUCUCUGCAGAAGACUCUGCUAGCAUCAUGGUCAAAGCUAUAAAUAUCGCUGGAGAGGCCUCAAGCCAUGCAUUCCUUUUGGUCCAAGCAAAGCAAGUUGUUUCCUUCUCUCAACCACUGGAAGAUGCCUAUGCCAAAGAGAAAGACACAGUUGUGACAUUUGAAUGUGAAACAAAUGAGCCUUUUGUUAAAGUCAAAUGGCUGAAGAACAAUGCUGAGAUUUUUGCUGGUGACAAAUACAGGACGCACUCUGACAGAAACGUACAUUUCCUGUCUGUUCUGGUGAUCACCAUGAAAGACGACGAUGACUAUUCCUGUGUUGUUAUCGAGGAUGACCAAGUGAAAACUACUGCCAGACUCCACGUAGAAGGUGCCCCACUUGAACUUCUGAAGAAACUGGAGAGUGUUGAAGUCCCUGAAACAUAUUCUGGAGAAUUUGAGGUUGAAGUGUCUCGUGAAGAUGCUGAGGGAACAUGGUACUUUGAAAACAAGGAGAUCACUCCCAGCUUGAAAUAUGUUGUGUCCUCUCGCCGUGGACGUCACGGUUUGUCUGUGAAAGAUGUCAAGAAGGAAGAUCAGGGCAAAUACAUUUUCAAAGUUGGAGAUUUGAGCACAAGUGCUUCUCUGAAGAUGAAAUUGCGUCCUGUUACACUGAUGCAGGGCCUCACUGACCUGACUGUCUGUGAGGGUGAUAUUGCUCAGUUUGAGGUGCGCUUCUCACAAGAGAAUGUUGAGGGAACAUGGAUGAAAAAUGGACAACCUCUGUCUGCUUCCAACAAAAUUCACAUCGUCAUUGACAAACUCAUUCACAAGCUGCUUAUUGAAGACACUAACAGAGAUGAUGGUGGGACGUAUUCAUUUGUUGUUCCAGCCCAGGAUAUUUCUACAUCAGGAAAACUUAACAUUCAAACCAUUGGCAUUGUGACCCCACUCAAGGACGUUACUGUAGUUGAGGGCACAAAAGCCGUCCUGGAGACCAAGAUCUCUGCAGCUGACAUCACCUCUGUGAAAUGGUACCAAAACGAGAAUAAGAUGGCAGCAAGUGACAGAGUCCACAUGGUGGCUAAGGGAACCAAACAACGUCUGGUGUUUAGCAGGACAUAUGCAUCUGAUGAGGGACACUAUAAGCUGUUUGUUGGCAAAGCUGACACAAGCUGCAAUCUUACUGUUCAAAAAAUUUCCAUUGUGAAGCAUAUGGAGGAACGUGUUUGCACUGAGACCCAGAAUGUGACUUUUGAGGUGGAGUUGUCCCACCCUGGUAUUGAUGCCCUCUGGACUCUGAAGAAACAGCCACUCAAAGCAGGUGCCAAAUACAAGAUGGAGUCCAAAGGCAAACGUUACAGCCUUACAAUCAUCAAUGCCAUGAAAGACGAGGAAGGGGAAUAUACCUUUGCAGCUGGUGAAAAGACAUCCAGUGCAAAGCUUAUUGUUUCAGGUGGUGCUAUCAAAAGACCCCUUCGUGACCAGACUGUGGCAGAAUCUCAGAGUGCUGAGUUUGAGUGCGAAGUCGCCAAUGCCAGUGCUAAGGGCAAAUGGCUGAAGGAUGGCCAGCCUGUUGACUACAGUGAUAAUGUCCACAGCGAGGACAAGGGUGCUGUGAGGUGCCUUGUGAUAGUCAUCACCAGACCACAGGACGUUGGUGAAUACACCUACCAGGUGGCCAACUCUAAGACAUCUGCACAUCUCAAAGUUGAAGCUGUGAAAGUCAAGAAGACUAUGAAGAAUGUGAACGUUAUUGAAACACAGGAAGCAGAGUUUAACCUUGAACUCACCCACGAAAAUGUGAAAGGUUCUCAGUGGACCAAGAAUGGCGUGGAAAUUAUUCCAGGUGACAAAUAUGAAAUCACAAUGGAUGGCAUGAUGCACUCCUUGAAGAUCAAGAACUGCAACCUUCAAGAUGAAUCGGUCUAUGCAUUCAAACUGGGAAAACUCACUGCUAAUGCCAGGCUGAAUGUUGACACAAUCAAAUUUGUGAAGAAGCCCAAGGAUGCAACCUCUCUCUUGGGUGGCACUACCUCCUUUGAGCUGAGUCUGUCCCACGAUGACAUCCCUGUGAAAUGGAUGUUUAACAACACUGAAAUCAAGCCCAGCGCAGACUACCAGAUUCUGUCUGAAAGGAAAUCUCACAAAUUGGUCGUGCAGAAUGUGACUUCAAACAGAGCUGGAGAGUAUUCAGCUGUUGUUGGAAAAUUGCAGUGUAGUGCAAACCUACAUGUUGAAUCUUUGAGAGUGACCAAGCCCCUGAAGAAUCUGGAUAUUCCUGAGACUCAUGUGGCGACCUUUGAGUGUGAAGUGUCACACUUCAAUGUCCCAUCCACUUGGCUGAAGAAUGGUGUGGAGAUCGAGAUGAGUGAGAAGUUCAGAAUUGUGGUGCAGGGAAAGCUCCACCAGCUCAAGAUCAUGAACACCAGCAGAGAUGACGUAGCAGAGUACACCUUUAUCUGUGGAAAUGACAGAGUCUCUGCAACACUGACAGUUAGCCCCAUUCUUAUCAAUUCCAUGCUUCAAGACCUCAAUGCCCAGGAGAAGGACACUAUUACAUUCGAGGUCAAUGUCAAUCAUGAAGACAUCUCUUACAAAUGGUAUAAGAAUGGUGUGGAAAUUCGGUCCACAGAUAGGUGCCAGACCCGAAGCAAGCAACUCACUCACUCUCUCACCAUACGCAACGUGCACUUUGGUGACAGUGCAGACUACAAGUUUGUUGCCGGAUCUGCUGAAACAUCUGCAAAACUCUAUGUUGAAGCUCGUGUGAUUGAGUUCAAAAAGCACAUCAAAGACAUCAAGAUUACUGAAAAGAAGAGGGCUACCUUUGAAUGUGAAGUGUCUGAGCCGAAUAUCCAUGUGAUUUGGAUGAAAGACGGACAGGAACUUGAAAUGUCUGAAAGGUGCAGAUCUGCCUCCGAUAACUUCCAGCACUCCCUGACAAUUCAGUCAGUGCGUAUGUCUGAUGCUGGAGAGUACUCUGUGGUUGCUGGUGCAAACAUGUCAAAGGGUCGCCUCACCGUGGAGGGCCGUGAUGUUGUCAUCAAAGAACCCGCUGAGACAGACAUCACAGUUGUUGAGAAGUACAGAAGCACAUUUGAGUUUGAAGUCAGUGAGGAUGACAUUGAGGGACGCUGGCUGAGGAAUGGAACUGAGAUCAAUUUUGUCUCAGAGGUGCGGUUCAACUAUGUGGCUAUUAGAAAGACCCACCGUCUGACAAUCACUGAGACAUACAGAACUGAUGCUGGGGAGUACACCUUUAUUGCUGGCAAGAACAGGAGUGUGGUCACGCUUCAUGUCAUGACCGCAGAGCUUCCUCAGGUUGUUAGGCAGAUGCACCCACUGAAGGUGGUGUCCGGCAGAAUGGCACGCUUCUCGGUUGAGGUCAAGGGCACCCCAGAGCCCCAGGUGACCUGGUUUAAGAACAGUCAGCAAAUGUAUCAUGGGGCUGAGUGCAGCAUCUUUAAAGAUGGUGGGGAGCACACUCUGAUGCUCAGUCAGGUGUUCCCAGAGGACGCAGCUGUCUACAGCAUUGUGGCAAAGAAUGAUGCUGGAGAGGCCACAAGCUCUGCUGCUCUCCAUGUUGAAGUGCCAGAGGUGAUUACACCUAUUUCACCUCCCCAACUUGUUUUCCCAAUCUCCGACAUGACUGUUGAUGAGGGAGAUUGUGCAAAAUUCAAGUGCAAUUUUACUGGAGAUGACUUGAUUAUCACCUGGCAGUGCAAAGGCCAGGAGAUCCAGAAGUCAGCCUCCUUCAAAAUGACUCAGUAUGAUGAUUAUAUCCAGCUGGAAAUUUCCAGAGUUUUCCCCGAUGAUGAGGGAGAGUACACAUGUGUUGCCCGCAACUCUGCAGGAACAGCCUCAUGUUCUGCCAAGUUAACUGUUCAGGCAGCUAAAGUGGAAGAGGCUGACCAAGGAGAAGGAAGAGCCUUUUCUAGCUUGGCUGUUUCAACAGAAGAGGAAAAACACGACCACAUAAGCAUGAAAGAGAAACACACAACAUUUGAUCUUGAGCCAGAGUCAAAAAGCUAUGUUAGUACUCUUUCCCAAAAAAUAGAGAAACCAGUAUUUGUAACCAAACUCUCACCUGCAAUUGUUUCUGUUGGGGACACUGCCAAGUUUACUGUCAUUGUAUCUGGAUUCCCAAAACCAGACGUUCAGUGGCAGCACAAUGGCCAAGUCAUUGUUUCUUCAUCGGUUUACAAGUUUAUUCAAGAGAGAGAUGAGUACACAUUAAUAAUAACCAAGGUGCAGGAAGAAACCGAAGGAGAGUACUCAUGUAUCAUGCGCAAUGAAUAUGGCGAGUCAAAAUGUUCAACUUACUUGCAUGUGAAAGUGAAAGACUCAAGGCAGUUAGAGAAACCCAAAGGACAACCUCCCUCUUUUACAAAAGAAAUUGACUCAGUGCAGUGUACAGUUGGAGGCCAGGCACAUUUUCAGUACAGAGUAACAGGAACACCGCUGCCUGAAAUUCAGUGGUUGAGAGGUGGAUAUCAAAUUCAUCCUAGCAAGUACUGUGUAAUAAUGAACAAUCCAGAUGGCUCUGGUUUUAUGAUGAUGACAAGCCUUCAGCAGGAAGACAGUGGUCUCUACACUUGCAGGGCAUUCAACUUAUUUGGAGAGGCUUCAUGCAGUGCUGAACUUAUUAUCUUCCAAGAGACUGUUGCUGUACCAUGGCAUCAAGAACAGGUUGUCACUCAAAAACAAAAAAGUUACAAAGUUUCAGUGACUGAACAAUCGACUGAGUCUCGCCUGUACAUGGUAAAUAUACCAGGUGAAGUCAGAGAAAACCAGCAGGCAAGACGUCAGAUGAUCUACACCAUUGGCACUGAGGAUACACAGGCUGUUGCCAGUGAGCAAGUUGACACCUUAAGAGAGAUAGAUUUUUCUGCUGCCACCAUUCAUAAGGAACAAGUGACCCAUCAGGCUGCAGUCUUGCAGUCUCAUGAGGUGCAAGAGAGAGUGACAAUGGGUCCAACCAUACCACAGCCAGCUGUAGCCAUCUCUGCUAAGCAGAUGCACACUGUUUCCCUCACAUCUGCCGUUGAGGAAAACCUAGGUUUCAUAGAACAACACUCGGAACGAAUCAAAAGCCCUGAGGUUACUGAGUUAGAGUAUGACAGGGAACUGCCUUCAAAGUUGAUGUCUGCCACCUCUGAGAACAUAACUGGAUUCUCAAUGGUAAGAGCUGAAUCUUUUACAGAUAGCAAAGAGGAACAAACAGAAACAACAGAAGAACCAAAAUACCCUGUCAGUGGCUGUCAAGUAGAAACCAGAUUUCCUUUAUUGAGAGAACAGUAUCAGAAUAUCCCUCAACCCGAAGAAGAGAAAGGUUUUACAAUUACUGAAGGGGUCAAAUUGUUAUAUUCUGCUACUUCCUCAGAGAAUUGGCCAGUUUCAGAGGGCCAUACAUCUGACCUUACUGCUUCGGAAACCACUCAAGGUGUAGUUGGUAAUGAGUUAAAAAAGCCAACACUUGCAGGAGUCAGUGAGGUAAAGCAUGUGUUGUCUAAAGAGAAGGGAUUUGAGGUACAUAGGCCAAAAGAGGAGAUAGCUGGUCUUUUUAAAGACAAAUUAUUCCUAUCAGCUUUAACUGCAGAAGAGAAGCUAGAACUCAAAUCUGACCCUGUUGGCAAAAUACAAGGAAUAGAAAGUGCUGAAUCAGUUACCACACAGAAGGAAAAACAGCAGAUUUUACACUUGCAGGUGAUUAGUGAUCAAGACGUUCUACUUUCAGAGGGCAGGUUUACCUGUGAGAAACCAGCCCAAGAACAGGCAGAUAUCAGGAAGAGUCCUACACUGCGCCACUCCGCUUGUACAUACGAACAGAAAACUGUCAUUUGUGAGGACUCGGCAGAGUUUUCAUCUGAAAGGACCACUUUGACUCUGCAGCCUAAGAAAGAGCCCACUGGAACUUUACAUCUUCAGUCUAUUCAAGCAGAAUGGCCAUUAACCAAAGAGGCUAUACUUACAACAGAGAAACCAGAUGAGCACUCUGCAAGGAAAAGGCAAGGAAAAGCUCAGAAACGUGCCGUAAAUGUAGAGGAAAAAAUGGAGCUUACAGCAGAUUACAUCAAAGAUCUAGAUGUAUCAGUUGCAGACAUUAAGUCUAAUUAUAAAAAAGAACCCAAACCUCAAAAUAUUCUUCAAGUAAUUUCAGAGCCUUUGGUGCUCCCGAAAGAAACACCAUUUGCCUGUGACAUUGACCAACAGAGAGCUUUAGGCCAAAAGGAAGAUCGGUGGAAUAUAGUGCACAUAACAUCUAUCUCAGACAGACAAGUUCUUGAGGAGGGCCACACUGACCAGCUGAAGACAGCAGAAAAAUGCACUUGUGAGAUGGGAGUAGAGCCCAAGAUGCCAACACAACCUUUACACAUAGAAGAAAAGGCUGUUUCCACAGAGAGCAGUGUUGCACUGGAGUCUACAGAGCAGGAUUUUGCUGUUCAGAUUCAAGAGGGACAGUCAGUGAGACAGUCAUUAUUAAUGGAGGAAAAGCAUGUUAUGAUCGGGGAAAUAUCCAAGCACACACCAGAGUUUGAGUCAACAAAAGUUCAUGCUACUACACAGCCCAAAAGACCCCUGUUUAUCUCUGAGUCCAGAGAUAGCAAAACUCUUCCCAAAGAGCUGACAUUUAUCAUUCCUGCACCCAAACCGCAUAGCCUAGACAUCCGUUAUCAAUUAAAGACUGCCCUCCAGUCGGCAGUGGCUCGCGAUCAACAGCUUAUUUUGGCCGAUGUUGUGAAGAAACUUGAUGUUGUGGAAGUUAAAGAACCCAUAAUACACAAAGAGCCAAAAUUCACCAUGUUCACCUAUCUCAUCACUACCACAAGCACACCCAUUGAUAUAUGUUUUGCGUUUGAGGGUGACUACCCUCAGACUGCAGAUCUGAAGAAUGAACUUCAGGCAGCAUUUUAUUCUAUAGUAUAUCAAGAACACCAGGUUCUGACCUCAGCACAGCCUGGGACCUUAGAAAUGGACAGACCACAAAGGUUACAGGUCAAGAAUGCUUCCAGGAAGGAGAUGCUUACAUCUGUGGUGGGGACGGUGCAGACCGCAGAGAGUGUCUCUGGUAUCAAAUCUGCAAGAAUGCAGUCAGCUGCAGUUAAGACAGAAGCUAAAACCUCCUUUGAAACUAUUGUAGCUCAGGAACAACCUUUGGUACAGGAAGCCAUGCAGAUUUCUAAACCAGAAAUCAGAUCAAUGACAGUAAAUGGCAGUGAGAGAGAUGUAGGUGCUGCAGAUAUAACUACAACUGUACCAUGUGCCCCUAUACCCAUUGAGCAACCUGUAGAUGUUUUUGUACAAAGAGAGUUGAGAGAGGAAUUUCUCUCUGAAGAAAUUACAAUUAGUAAGACAGUAGAGCACAUUGCAAAUUACCCUAUCAUUGAAAAACCCCUGAAUGACAUGUCUGUAGAGGAGGACAGUAAAGUUAAAUUUUCAGUGACUAUAAAAUGUGUUAAGAAUGUAAACUGGCUCUUCAAUGGAAAAUUGGUUAAAUCUGGCGUCGAGUUCAAAUGUUCCAAAUUUCGUGACACAUACAUGUUAGCAAUCGACAAAGUUAAGAAGGACAAGCAUCAAGGAGAAUAUGUCUGUGAGGCCGAGAAUGAAGCUGGCAAGACCUCCACAUCCUCAAGGCUCACAGUUAUAUCAAGAGUGCCACCUGUUUUCAGGCGCAAGAUCCAACCCUUUGAGGUCAAUGUUGGCGAUCUUGCCAAGUUUGACUGCGAGAUUGAAGAUGCUCCAAAUGUCAACUUCAAAUGGUUCAAGUCUAGCACAGAGAUUCAUCAGGGUGAGCAGUACAGGAUCAUCAGCACUCAACAUAAGUCCUCGCUGGAAGUCCUGAAGACCACCAAUGCUGACAGCGGUGAAUUUACCUGCAAAGCCACCAACCAGAAUGGCAGUGACAGGUGUUCAGCUUACCUCACUGUGUCUGAGCGCAAAAUCCCACCAAGCUUUACCAAAAAGCCCUCAUCUAAUAUUGAUGACACUGAGGGUAAAUUGGUGAAGUUGGAAGCACGGCUGGCUGGUUCACCACCCAUCAAUGUCCGCUGGCGCAAAGACAACAAAGAAAUCUCCAGCUCUGACAAUGUUGACAUCUCUUUCAAGAGCAACGUGGCCCUGCUGUGCAUCAGGUCCUGUACUCGCUCAGACUCUGGCAGCUACAUUUGCGAAGCCACUAAUGAAGCUGGUACAGUCACCUGCCAUGUGACAGUGAACAUCACAGAGCAAAAGACACCCCCAGUCUUUGACAAGCCUCUUAGGUCAGUGACUGUUAUGGAGAGUGACAAGCUCAGCCUGAGCUGCCAUGUCCGUGGAUCUCCUCCUCUGAAAGUUCAAUGGAUGAAGGACAGACGGGAACUUGCAUCCUCAGCCAGCAUUAAAAUCACUUUUGUGGAUGGUACACCCAAUCUGCAAAUCCUCCGCACAUCCAAAAAUGAUGCAGGCGACUACUUGUGCAAGGCCACAAAUGAUGUCGGCAGUGAAUUUACUAAGUGUACAGUCACCAUAAAGGAUAAAACAGCAGCUCCUAAACCUGAAGCGGCUCCAGCUGCUCCAGCUGCUGCCCCAGUGAAGCGACUUGACAACUUGUUCUUUAUUGAAGAGCCUAAGACUGCCCAAGUAACUGAGAAGGGCACAGCAACCUUCAUUGCUAAAGUUGGUGGUGACCCAAUCCCCAACGUGAAAUGGAUGAAGGGCAAGUGGAGACAGGUUACUCACGGUGGUCGCAUCACUAUCGAGCAGAAGGGUCAAGAGGCCAAGCUGGAAAUCAAAGAGGCUACCAAAUCUGACUCUGGACAGUACAGAUGUGUUGCAUCUAACAAACACGGAGAGAUUGAGUGCAGUGCUGACAUGAAUGUUACAGAGAGGAAGGAGACUGGUCCUGAGACAGUGACGCUCAAGAAGACACCAUCAAAGCAGAAAAGUCCAAAGGAGGCUCAAGAAAUUAACAUUGUUGAGCUGCUGAGGAAUGUAGAUCCCAAAGAAUAUGAGAAGUAUGCUCGCAUGUAUGGAAUCACUGACUACCGUGGUAUCCUCCAAGCUAUUGAGCAGUUGAAGAGAGAAAGAGCAGAGGCAGGUGAAAAGGAAUCCGAUGAAGAUUUGACCGCUUUCAUGGCUGAUUUGCAGAGCAAGAUGGAACAGGAGCCUGUGACACUGGUGAAGGAUAUUUCAGAUCAAAGCACACAUGAAAACAAGGACGCCGUGUUUGAAUGUGUGAUUAAGAUCAAUUACCCAGAGAUUUCUCUCACUUGGUACAAAGACACAAAGAAGCUGUCAAGUGAUGGCAAAUAUGAUGUUAAAGUGUCAGGUGAUCGCCAUACACUGAAGAUCAAAAACUGCCAGUCAUCAGACCAGGGAAAUUACCGGGUAGUGUGUGGAUCUCACAUCUCAAGUGCAAAGCUGACAGUUCUAGAGUCAAAAGAGCAGAUGCCACCUUUGGCUGAUCAAAUUCAGUUCACCAAACGUAUCCAGAACAUUGUGGUAAAAGAGCGACAAUCGGCAACUUUCGAAUGUGAGCUGUCCUUCGACGAUGCCACUGUUACCUGGUACAAAGACUCAUGGGAACUGAGAGAGAGCCCAAAGUAUACCUUCAGGUGUGAAGGAAGACGUCACUUUAUGAUCAUCCGCAAUGUAACCGCUGAAGAUGAAGGCGUAUACUCAGUGAUCGCACGAUUGGAACCCGUUGGUGAAGCUAAGAGCACAGCUGAGCUUUAUCUGUCAGGCAAAGAAGUUAAUUUAGGAAGGGUUCCGCAAGAUGUCCCUGAUACAUCAAUACAAGUUCCUGAGGUGUCCUCUAUAGUUAGUUUUAAAGAAGAGACUUCAGAAUACUAUCACUACGAACAAAAGACAGAAAUAACAGCGGUUGAAAGUUGGACUGUUCAAGAGGAAACAGUGGUUGAGCUCUCUUCAGUUAAAGAAACAAAGAUACCAGUUGAGGAAACUGUUCCAAAAACAACGGUGGGGGUGAGAGAAGAAAAGCCAGUGAAAGUACCUGAGGUGAAGAAGCAAGAAGAGAAACCUGUAACAGCAGUGUCACAGGAACCUGCAAAACCAGCCAAAGUACCUGAAGCCAAGAAGCCUGUGGAAGAAAAGGUGACUCCGGUUAAAACUCCUGAACAAAAAGAGAAACCACCAACCAAAGCCAUGGAAUUUAAACCACAGGCACCAUCUGAGCCAGUUGUAGAAUCCAAGCCUGAACCUGCAGCUGUUCCCAAGGCUGAGCCCAAGCCUGAACCAAAGCCUGAACCUAAGCUGGAACCUAAGGCUGAACCUAAGGCUCCACCAAAGCCUGAACCAAAGGCUACACCAAAGCCUGAACCUAAGGUGGAAGUGAAGGCUGAACCUAAGAUUGAGCCCAAAACUGAACCAAAGGCUGCACCAAAGCCUGAACCUAAGGUUGAGCCCAAAACUGAACCAAAGGCUACACCAAAGCCUGAACCUAAGAUAGAACCCAAGCCAGAGUCAAAGGCUGCACCUAAGGCCGCACCUAAGGCCGAACCUAAACCUGAACCUAAGGCUGCACCUAAGCCUGAACCUAAACCUGAACCUAAGGCUCCAGCUACUAAAGUGACUCCUGUGGAGAAGAAAGCUUCACCUAAGACACCAACAGAAAUUCCAAUGAAAGAGAAGGUUUCCCCUCCAGAAGGUCCGGAAGAUGCAACACAGGCCCCUGGACCAGUCAAGAAAGAUGGAACGCCAAAGGAUGAUGCUGCAGGUCCAGGUAGAGGUAGAGGACUAAAACCGAGACAAACACCAUCCCCUGGUGAGGGUGGCAGAGGCAGAGGACUGAAGCCUGGUGGAGGCAAACCACCUCCAGAGGAGCCACCUUUUGCUGGUUUUAAACUGAAGGCAGUGCCUCUGAAGUUUACCAAACCACUGAAAGAUAUUGUGCUGAAAGAGGCCGAGUCUGAUGUUGGUGCCUCUGCUGUGUUUGAGUGUGAGUUGACCCCCUCCACUGCUGUGACCACAUGGAUGAAGGACGGUAGCAACUUGAGGGAGGGCCCUAAGCACAAGUUCACUUCUGACGGCAAGGACCGCAAGCUGACAAUCAUUGAUGUCCAGCUUUCUGAUGCUGGUGAAUACACAUGUGUUGCCAAGAAUGCAGGCAAAGAGGCAACAUCUGUUGCCAAGCUGGUUGUUGAAGAGCUACCAGUUAAGUUCACUAAGACUCUUGAAGAGGAAACAUCUGCUCUCAAGGGUCAGCAUCUGUACCUGACGUGUGAGUUGAACAAAGAGAGAGAUGUGAUAUGGAAGAAGAAUGGAGAGGUACUGAAAUCAAUACCUGGAAAGGUCCAGAUCAACGUCAUCGGAAUGCAACAUGCAGUGACAAUUCAAAAAAGUGAUGAAGACGAUACAGGUGUUUACAGUUGCGAAGUGGCGGACAUUAACACCAAGACAAACGUCAAAGUAAUUGAAAUCAUCAAAGACUGGAUUGUAAAGCCACUUAGGGAUCAGCAUGUCAAACCCAAAGCUCGUGCUUCCUUCAAAUGCGAACUCUUCAAGGAUACUCCCAACUGGAAGUGGUUCAAAGGAGACACAGAAGUUCCAAAAGAUCCCACAGACAAGACUGAAAUCACAAAGGAUGGCAAAGACCUCACUCUGACCAUCAAAAAUGCAUCCCCUGAUGACAUUGGGGAGUAUUCCUUGGAAGUUGAGGGACGUAAAUAUGCUGCAAAGCUGACACUUGGAGAACGCGAGGCUGAGAUUUUGAAGCCCGUGGAAAGUGUAGAAGUGGUUGAGAAAGAGGAAGCUCACUUUGAAUGUGAAAUCUCUGAGGAUGAUAUUCCUGGAGAAUGGAAACUAAAGGGACAAGUUCUGACUAGAUCACCGACAUGUGAUAUCAGAAUGGAGGGAACUAAGAGAUUCCUCACUCUAAAAAAUGUCCAGCUUGAUCAAGCUGGUGAAGUGUCUUACCAGGCUCUGAAUGCCAUAACAAGCGCAGUGCUCACUGUCAACGAAUUGGAAAUCGACUUCACUGUGCCUUUGGAGAAUGUUUCUGUGCAUGAAAAGAAACAGGCAAAGUUUGAAUGUACCCUCAAUAAGGAAGUGACUAAGGUCAUGUGGUUUAGAGGCACUGAUAUUAUAACAUCUUCCAGUAAAUAUGAAAUCAUUGAUGAUGGAUUUAAACAUAUAUUGGUUGUAAACCAGUGUGAGUUUCACGAUGAGGAAACUUUCACAAUUGAAGUCAUGGGCAAAAGGUGUUCGUCCAAUCUUAUUGUGGAGGGCAUGAGGCUCAAGUUCGUCACACCAUUGUCGGAUCAAACUGUAAAGGAAACUGAAACUGCUCGGUUUGAGCUUGAACUCUCACAUGAGAAUGUUCCCAUUACAUGGUACAAAAAUGAAAUAAAACUCCACCCGAGCCGAACGGUGGUAAGCCAUGUUGAAGGAAAACAUGUAUUAGAAAUAAAGGAUGUCACUCUAGAUGACACCUGCCAAAUUAAGGCAGAGGCAGAGAUUAAAGGAAUAUCUACAACGGCAAACCUGAAGGUCAUAGAGGGUGCUGCCCGUUUUGUGGUCAAACUGCAAGAUUUCACAGCAGUCGAGAAGGAUGAAGUCACCCUGGACUGUGAGUUAAGUAAAGACGUCCCUGUGAGGUGGUACCACAAAGCGACCGAACUCAAGGCCUCCAAGAUGGUGACAAUGAGAGCCGAAGGCUACCGAAGGAUUCUGACAAUUAAGAAGGUGGAAAGCAAAGAUGAGGGAGAGUACACUUGUGACUGUGAGACAGACAGGACAAGUUGCAGCAUUCAAAUUGAAGCACGUGACAUCAAAGUGGUUCGGCCCAUCUAUGGUGUUGAGCUCUUUGAUGGAGAGACAGCCCGCUUUGAGGUUGAGAUUUCUGAAGAUGAAGUCCAUGGCCAAUGGAAACUGAAGGGAGAAGUCCUUACUCCUUCCUCUGAGGUGGAAAUUAUUGAGGAAGGUGUAAAACACACUCUCACACUGUACAACUGCAAGGUGGCCCAAACUGGAGAGAUCUCCUUCCAGGGCGCAAAUGCCAAGUGUGCUGCCAAUCUGAAAGUGAAAGAACUUCCGAUCACGUUCAUCACUCCUCUGAGCGACGUGAACGUAUACGAGAAAGAUGAAGCAAGGUUUGAGGUUGAAGUGUCCAGAGUACCCAAAACCUUCCGCUGGCUCAAAGGCUCGCAGGAGCUGAAAGCUGACGACAAGUUUAAGAUACUCCAGGAGGGCAAGGUAUUCACUCUUGUGGUGAAAGGUGCUGCUUAUGAGGAUGAGGCCAAGUACGUCUUUGAGGCUGAGGACAAGCGAACCACAGCAAAACUGGUCAUUCAAGGCAUUCGUCUUGAGUUUGUCAAGCCUAUCAAGGAUGUCACCGUGAAGGAGCGCGAGACUGCAGAGUUUAAAAUUGAGCUUUCCCAUGAGAAAAUUCAGUUGGCUUGGUAUAAAAACGACAAGCGCCUGCACCCUACCAAAUUGGUGCACAUGUCAGAGAUUGGCAAGGUCCACACCCUCUCUUUCAAGGAAGUAUCCAUUGAUGACACUGCCCUGAUUAAAGCAGAGGCUCUUGGAAAGACCUCAGAGGCCAUGCUCACUGUUCUGGAGGGAGACAUUUACUUUACCAACAAGCUGCAAGACUAUACUGCAGUCGAGAGGGAUGAGGUUGUGCUCAUGUGUGAAGUCAGCAAGAGCUCUGCUGAGGUUAAGUGGUUCAAGGAUGGCAAGGAGAUUGUGCCCUCCAAGAACGUCCAAAUUAAAUCAGAUGGAAAGAAGCGUAGUCUUACAGUAAGGAAGGCUGAGAAGGCCAACAUUGGUGAAUACACAUGCGACUGUGGCUCAGACAAAACCACUUCUAGGCUGAACAUUGAAGAUCGUGACAUCAAGGUUGUACGCCCCCUGUACAGUGUUGAGGUAACAGAGACAGAAACUGCCCGAUUUGAGACUGAGAUCUCUGAGGAAGAUGUCCACGGCAAUUGGAAGCUCAAGGGAGAAACCCUGCACCAGUCUGCUGAUGUUGAGAAGAAAGAGGAGGGCAAGAAGCAUAUCCUUAUCCUCUACAACGUCCGCAUGGACAUGGCUGGUGCAGUGGAUUUCUCGGCAGCCAAUGCCAAGUCUACUGCACAGCUUAGAGUUAAAGCACGAACAAUCAGUUCCACAAGGCCUCUGAAGGAUGUUACAGUCACUGCCGGGGAGACGGCCACCUUUGAAUGUGAACUUUCCUACGAGGGAAUAGCUGUUGAAUGGGUCCUCGCCGGACAGAAACUUGGGCCGAGUGACAGAGUUAUGACCAAGUCAGAGGGCAGAUUGCACACACUCACACUCAGAGAUGUUAAACUGUCUGAGGCUGGAGAGGUAUUACUGACAGCAAAGGAUUUCAAGACCAAGGCACAACUCAAUGUGAAUGAACCUGCUGUUGAGUUCACCAAACCUCUGGAAGACCAGACGGUUGAGGAGGAGGCCACUGCCACCAUGGAGUGUGAAGUCUCCAGGGACAACGCAGAGGUCAGGUGGUUGAGAGAGGGACAGGAGAUCCGCAAAACCAAGAAGUAUGACAUGGUGGCCGAAGGCCGCAUCAGGAGACUCAUCAUCAGAGACUGUACCCCCGAUGAAUCAAAGAUGUAUACAUGUGACGCCAAGGAGUUUAAGACCUCUGCCUUCCUCAGCGUGGAACCGCCCCAUGUUGAGUUCUCCAAGCCUCUUCAUGAUGUUGAGGUUAAAGAGAAGGAAUCUGCCAGAUUUGAGUGUGAAGUGUCACGCGAGAAUGCUAAGGUGCGCUGGUUCAAAGAUGGCAGUGAGAUUAGAAAGGGCAAGAAGUAUGAAAUCAUUGCCAAGGGAGUACAGCGCAUUCUUGUCGUCACCAAAUCUGUGUUUGAUGAUGAAGCUGAAUAUGAAUGUGAUGCAAGGACUGCCAAAACUUCUGGCAUGCUGACUGUUGUUGAGGAGGAGGCAAGAUUCACAAAGAAUCUGUCCAACGUUGAGGGAUCUGAAACAGACAGUGUGAAAAUGAUCUGUGAAGUAUCCAAGGCCAGUGCAGAGGUCGUCUGGUACAAAGGUGACGAGGAGCUGCCUGAGGGUGGUAGAUACGAGCAGAUCCAAGAUGGCCGCAAGAGGAUCCUUAUUAUUCAGGAUCUGCGCAUGGAUGAUGUUGGAGAAUACAACUGCAGACUACCUAACUCUAAAACAUCAGCUAAUCUGAAGCUCAAUGAACUGGCUGCCGAGUUUAUCUCCAGGCCACAGCCCACAGAGGUGGUUGAAGAUGAAAAGGCAGAGUUUGUGUGCUCAGUCUCUAAAGACACAUACGAGGUCAAAUGGUUCCGAGGUGACAAGGAGCUUCAGUCUGGCGAUAAGUAUGACAUUGUCUGUGACGGCAAGAGAAGAUCACUUGUGAUCAAGAACUGCGAGCAUCAGGAUGAGGGAGCCUACACCGCUUUCAUUGGAACAGUCAAGGCAUCAGCCGACCUGACUGUGAUUGAGAAACUCAGGAUUAUCACACCUCUCAGAGACACACCCAUGAAGGAGGGCAUGGAGAUCUCUCUCAACUGUGAGGUCAACUCUGAUGGAGCCAAAGCAAAAUGGCUGAAGAAUAAUGAGACCAUGUUUGAGAGUGGCAAAUUCAUCAUGACUCAUAGGGACACCGUUUUCUCCCUGAGAAUCAAGAACGCUGAAAAGUCAGAUGAGGCUGAGUACACCAUUACUCUGACAAACCAGCGUGGUGAACAAGCCACCAGUUCUUGCAAAGUCUCUGUAGAAGAGGAACAGCUCAAGAUUAUUGAGCCUCUUGAGGACUGUGAAACACAGGAGAAGAAGACCAUCACCUUCACAUGCAAGGUGAACAGACCAAAUGUCACCGUGAAAUGGAUGAAGGGUGGUCAGGAGAUCACCUUCAGCAAGCGUAUCCUGUACAGGGUGGACAACAAGAAACACACACUUACCAUUAAAGAUUGCAUCAUGGAUGAUGAGGGUGAAUACGCCGCUGUGGCUGGAUCCGACAAGUCAACAGCCGAGCUGAUCAUCAGCGAGGCACCCACUGACUUCACUGGACAGCUCAAGGACCAGACCAUCACAGAGUUUGAGGAGGCUGAGUUCUGCUGCAAGUUGUCCAAAGAGAAAGCUAGCGUCAAGUGGUAUAGAGAUGGUAGAGAGAUCCGUGAAGGACCAAGAUACAAAUUCAAGAAGGAAGGAAAGAAAUGCAGUCUUUACAUCAAGAACUGCAGACCCGACGAUGAAUGUGAAUAUGCCUGUGGUGUGGAGGAAAGAAGAACCAGGGCUAGACUCUUUGUUGAAGAGACCCCUGUGGAGAUCGUUAGACCUCCUGCAGAUGUGUUUGAGCCUCCAGGCUCAGAUAUUGUGUUUGAGGCUGAGCUGAACAAAGACAGGGUGGAGGUCAAAUGGAUGAGGAACAACAUGAUUAUUGUCCAGGGUGACAAGUACCAGAUGCUGAGCGAGGGCAAAGUUCACCGACUCCAAGUCUGUGAAAUCAGACCUCGCGACCAGGGAGAGUACAGAAUCGUUGCUAAAGACAAGGACGCCAGAGCCAAGCUUGAGCUGGCUGCUGUGCCAAAGAUCAAAACUACUGACCAGAACCUGGUGACAGAUGCUGGAAAGCCUUUCGUCAUGUCUGUUCCGUAUAAUGCCUACCCACGUGCUGAGGCUGAGUGGUUCUUCAAUGACUCCAGCUUGCCAUUCCAGAACGUCGAUACCUCUGCAGAGAGAACAGAGUACAGACUGAAAGCCCCCAAGAAGGCAGACCAGGGUCGUUACAAGGUCGUGAUCAAGAACAAACAUGGAAAGGGAGAGGCUUUCAUCAAUCUGGAUGUCAUUGAUGUUCCUGGGCCUGUCAAGAACCUAAAAGUGGUUGACACUUCUGAUGGAGAGGUCAGCCUUGCUUGGGAGGAACCAGAGAACGAUGGUGGCAGCAAGAUCAUUGCUUAUGUUGUGGAAAGACGAGAUGUCAAACGCAAGACAUGGACUUUGGCUACUGAUCGUGCUGACAUUCCAGAAUACUGUGUUGGCGGACUGAACAGGGACAACUUCUACCUCUUCCGCGUCUGUGCUCGCAACAGAGUCGGAAAUGGACAAACCGUUGUUACGGACAAACCUGUUCAGGCUAAGAACAUGUUUGAUGUUCCUGAUGCUCCUCAGAACGUUAUGGUUGGAGUUGUCAAUAGGUAUGGUGCCAGUAUCUUCUGGGAACGUCCACUUUCUGAUGGAGGAUCUGAGAUCACGAACUACGUCAUUGAGCUCCGUGACAGGACCGCUGUGAAGUGGGAAGCUGCAAUGGUGACCAAGGCUUCAGAGUACACCGCAACACUCACUGACGUUGUGGAAAACAAGGAGUACAUCUUCCGUGUCAGAGCAGAGAACAAGGCCGGUGUUGGCCAGCCAAGUGCUGCCACUGAUCCAGUGAAGAUCAUGGACCCCAUUGAGAGGCCAAGUCCACCACUGAACUUCAACUACUCACAUCAAACCAAGAACUCUGUGCAACUUGACUGGGAGACUCCCAUGAACAAUGGAGGCAGUAUGAUCACAGGCUACAUCAUUCAGAAGUGUGAAGAGGGAUCAGACAAAUGGCUGAGAUGCAAUGCUAGGCUCUGCCCAGACCUUUGCUACAAGGUUUCUGGACUGAAGGCUGGACAGAAGUAUCUGUACAGAGUAUCUGCAGAGAACGCCGCUGGAGUUUCUGACCCAGCCGACACACUGGGACCCCUCUUGGCAGACGACCCACAUUUUGCUCCAACAAUGGACCUCAGUGGUUUCAGAGAUGGCCUAGAGGUUAUGGUUCCUCAUGCUCUUACAAUCCGUGUCCCCAUCAAUGGUUACCCCACACCCAAAGCAAAAUGGUGCUUUGGUGAUAAGGAGCUGAGUCCUCAAGAUGAACGUGUGACCAUGACAACUAAGCAGAACUACACAGAACUGGUUAUUACCCCAAGUGUGCGUCCAGACAAAGGAACAUACACUCUGACCCUGGAGAAUGAUGUCACCUCUAUCUCCGGAGAGAUCGACGUCAAUGUCAUUGCCUCUCCAAGUGCACCCAGGGACUUCAAAGUUCCUGAGGUCACCAGGCACCAUGUGCACCUCUCAUGGGAGGCUCCAGAGCACGAUGGAGGCAGCCCUGUCAUUGGCUACCAGAUCGAGAAGCGUGAAGUGUCCAGAAAGACCUGGGUCAAGAUAAUUUCAGGCGUGCAGGACCUGGAGUACACUGUCACUGAUGUCAUCGAGGGCAAAGAGUAUUUGUUCAGUGUUACCGCUUGCAACAAAUGUGGCCCUGGUGAACCAGCAUACAUUGAUGAGCCUGUCAAUGUUUCCUCACCAGCAACUGUUCCUGAUCCACCGGAGAACCUUAAAUGGCGGGACAAGAGUUCUAAGGGUAUCUUCCUUCAAUGGGAACCUCCCAGGUAUGAUGGUGGCGCAAGCAUCAAGGGCUACAUCGUGGAUAAAUGCCAGCGUGGAACUGACAAGUGGGAAGCUUGUGGAGACCCAAUAGCUGAGCUGAAAUACCAAGUAACUGGCCUCAUUGAGGGACAGUGGUAUGGUUACCGUGUGAGGGCAGUAAACAGACUGGGAGCCAGCAGACCUUGCCGUGCUACAGAUGAAAUCCAGGCUAUUGAUCCUAAAGAACCUCCAGAGAUUCUGCUGGAUGUCAAACUUCUUGCUGGUCUGACUGCCAAGGCAGGAUCAAAGAUCGAACUCCCAGCUGAUGUGCUUGGUAAGCCUGAACCCCGGGUUAAAUGGACCAAAGCUGACCUUGUCCUUAAACCUGAGGACAGGAUCACAAUUGACACCAAACCAGGUCAUUCCACACUGGGCAUUGCUAAGACAACCAGAAGUGACACUGCUACCUACAUUAUUGAGGCUGUGAACUCAAGUGGCCGUGCAACUGCAACAGUUGAUGUCAACAUUCUUGACAAACCUGGCCCACCCGCUGCCUUUGAUAUCUCUGACAUCACCAACCACUCCUGCUCCCUGGCCUGGAAUCCACCCAGGGAUGACGGAGGCUCUCCUGUCACCAACUACAUUGUGGAGAUGAGGCCCAUGGACAAGGAGGAGUGGACCAAACUCUCUGCCACUAUCAAAGCAACCACCUUCAGUGCCCAGAAGCUGGUGGCCUUGAAGGAGUACGUCUUCAGAGUGUCUGCUGAGAACCAGUAUGGCAUCGGUGCUCCUGCAGAACAUGUGCCUAUAGUGGCCAAAUAUGCAUUCGAUCCUCCUGGUGCUCCCACUAGAGUUACACCUUCUGAUAUUGCAAGGGAUGCUGUGACUCUGACAUGGUUUGAGCCUGAUGAGGAUGGUGGUAGCCCAAUCAUUGGAUAUUGGGUUGAGAAGUUUGAUGCAGAGAAUGACAAAUGGAUCAGAUGUAACAAGCUUCCCAUCAAGGACUCAACAUUUAGAGUGAAAGGACUGCCAACUAAGAAGAAGUACAGAUUCCGUGUCCUGGCUGAGAAUCUUGCCGGGCCAGGAAAACCAAGCACUGAGACUGACCCAGUCCUGAUUAAGGAUCCAAUUGACCCUCCAUGGGCUCCUGGUAAGCCUGUCAUCAGAGACAUUGGCAAGACCUUUGCAUCUCUUCAAUGGACAAGGCCUGAGCAUGAUGGCGGUGCUAAGAUUGAGUCCUAUACCAUUGAGUUCCUCAAGAGUGGAACUGAGGACUGGGUCCGUGCUGCUGAAGAUAUACCUACGACUGAACACUGCUUGAAAGGACUCAUGGAAAAACAGGAGUACUCCUUCAGAAUAAAGGCUGUGAAUGUUGCUGGUGAGAGUGAACCCAGCGAGCCAAGCGAUCCAAUUGUCUGCAAGGAGAGACUCUAUCCUCCAUCACCUCCUCGCUGGAUUCAGGUGACUAACAUCACUAAGCUUGAUGCUGACCUGAAGUGGACUGAACCAGACUCAGAUGGUGGCUCUCCUAUAACCAACUAUGUUGUGGAGAAGAGAGAUGUCAGGCGCAAAGCCUGGCAGACUGUUGACACCACUGUGAAGGAAUGCAAGUAUACAGUCACGCCUCUGAACGAAGGCUCACUAUAUGUGUUCCGUGUGGCAGCUGAGAAUGCUGUUGGCCAAAGUGACUUCUGUGAGCUGGAGGACUCGGUUCUGGCCAAGGAUACAUUUACUACUCCUGGACCUCCUUAUGCCCUGACUGUGGUUGAAGUGACGAAAAGACAUGUUGACCUGAAAUGGGAGCCUCCCAAUAGUGAUGGCGGAAGACCAAUUACAAAAUAUGUCAUUGAGAAGAAAGAGAAACUGGCAACACGCUGGAUGAAGUCUGGAAAGACGUCGGGACCUGAAUGCAAGUACAGGGUGACUGAUGUUGACGAGGGAACCGAGGUCCAGUUCCAAGUCCGUGCUGAGAAUGAGGCUGGUGUUGGCGAUGCAAGUGAACCAACUGAGGUUCUGACAAUUGAGGACGCAACAAGUCCACCAUCACCUCCAAUUGAGGUCAAGAUUGAGGAUGCAAGCAGAGAGCAUAUUAAUAUCACAUGGAAGCCACCAGAGAAGACUGGAGGAAGCCCGGUCACUGGUUAUCAUGUUGAGAUUGCUGAGGCUGACACUGAGAAGUGGAUGAGAAUCAACUCUCGUCCAGUCAAGGAGCUGAAAUUCAAGGCAGAAGAGGGCAUUGUUCCAGAAAAGCAAUACGUUCUCAGGGUUCGUGCUAUCAAUGCUAUUGGUGUCAGCGAUCCCUCUGAGAUUUCAGACAAGGUCUUUGCCAAGGAUCCUGAUUCAUCCCCAACAAUUGACAUUGAGACCCAAGAGAUUGUUAUUAUUGAGGGAGAGAAACUGCAUCUGAAGCUUCCAUACACCGCUAUCCCAAAACCAACAAUGGUUUGGAAGAAGGAAGAGACCGAGCUGAAGACUGAUGACAGGAUCACCCUGUCCUGUGAGCUGAAGACUGUACACUUGGAGAUGCCCAAAGUUGUGCACGCUGAUGCUGGAGUGUACACAGUAACUCUGGAAAACUCACUUGGCUCUGUCACUGGCACAGUCAAUGUUAAAGUCAUUGGCCUGCCUGGACAGUGUAAGAACAUUGAUGCCUGUGAAGUCACCAAGAACUCAUGCAAGAUCACAUGGGAACCUCCAGAGAAUGAUGGUGGCACCCCCAUCAUCCACUAUGUGCUUGAAAGAAGAGAGGCUUCAAAGAAGACUUUCUUGCCUGUGAUGUUCGGUGACAAUGUUGUUGAAUUCAAAGUCAAGGAUCUUUACGUGAAUGCAGAGUAUUUCUUCCGUGUGAAGGCUGUCAACAAGGUUGGCGCUGGAGAGUAUAUUGUACUCCGCAACCCUGUUAUCACUCAGGAUCAGAAGCAGCGUCCAGACCCACCCAUUGAUGUCCAGGCCAUCAACCCUACCUCUCAGUCUAUCACAGUUACUUGGAAGGCACCAGAGUAUGAUGGUGGCUUGCAAGUCAAGGGGUACCUGCUGGAGAUGAUUGAGAAAGAUGGCGAUAAGUUUGCACCUUGUGUUGACUCUUUGGAGCCAGGUUUCUCAUACACUGUCAAUGGCCUCACUGAGGGCAAAGAAUAUCAGUUCCGUGUCCGUGCUGAGAAUGCUGCUGGUGUCAGUGAGCCAUCUCGCCCCUCUCCUCUGACCAAGGCAGCUGAUCCUGUUGAUCCUCCUAAAGUCACCCUGCAUGCACGUGUCCAUGGUGGCCUGGCUCUCAGGAAAGGUGACGAGAUCAGGGUGGAUGCCUUCAUCUCUGGCUCGCCAUACCCAACUGUUACAUGGCUGAGGAAUGAUGAGAAUGUCCAGAAAGAAGCCACCAAGAAGAAGGUAGAGAUUCCUGUCUUCACGAAGAAGAAGAAGAAGAAGGGAAAGGAGGUGGAGCCCGAGCCAGAGGAGUUCCAUCCUCCUCUGAUCGACCGCUUGUCCUUUGACCAGAGCAAGAGAGGCGAGACUGCCUUGAUGGUGCGUGACUCUAUUCGUAAGGACCAUGGCAAGUACACUAUUGUGGUGGAGAAUCCCCAUGGUGUUGCUAAAGCAUCAUGUGAAAUCAACGUCCAAGAUAAGCCUGGUAGGCCAGUCAACUUUGAAUUUGACGAGAUCAGAAACACCUCAGUUAUAUGCAACUGGGAGCCACCUCUGGAUGAUGGUGGCAGUGAAAUCCUAAAUUACAUUCUUGAGAAGAAAGACAACAAGAAUGAGGAGAUUGGUUGGGUCACUGUGAGUUCAACAGUUAAGGUCUGCAGCUACCCUGUGACCAAGCUCAUUGAAGGAAAGGAAUACAUUUUCCGUGUUACUGCAGAGAACAAGUUUGGAUGUGGACCUUCAUACAUUUCUGAGCCACUCAUUGCCAAAAACCAGUUUGAUCCACCUGAUGCACCAAACAUGCCAAGAAUUGGGGAGGUUACGUCAAACAGUGUGGCUCUCUCAUGGCAUGAACCUAAAGACAAUGGCAGCCCAAUCCUGGGCUACUGGGUUGAGAGGCGUGAGAUUAAUGGCAAAUACUGGACCAGGGUGAACCGCAACCUCCUCAGUGCACUCUCAGUCAAGGCAGAGGGACUCAUGGAAGGCCUGACAUACAUUUUCAGAGUCUGUGCAGAGAAUCUUGCUGGCCCUGGCGAGUUCAGUCCUCAGACUGAUCCUCAGAUGGCAAUGGACAAAAUUUUGCCUCCUGGGCCACCUAUUCCGAGAAUCGUUGACACCAGCAACACUACUGUUGACAUCGCCUGGAAGCCUCCACUGUACAAUGGUGGUGGAGACAUCCUUGGUUACCACAUUGAGCGCUGCCUGGUUGGCGAAAAGGACUGGGUCCGCUGCACAGAGUUCAGGUGCAAGGAGUGCAAGUACACGCUAACAGGACUGACAGAAGGCUCUGAUAUUAUCAUUCGUGUCUUUGCCGUCAAUGAUGCAGGCCAUGGCCCACCUGGAGUGACUGAACAAGUUCAAGUGAAAGAGCCUGAAGAGGCUCCAGUGGUAGAGUUAGACGUCGCUGUGAGAAACGGAGUUAUCAUCAAGGCUGGUGAGAGUCUGAAGCUGCCUGCCUUUGUUGCUGGUAGACCCCAGCCUGAGGUUUCAUGGACCAAGGAUGAUGCUGAACCCGACAAAGAGCGUGUUGUUAUUGAAACUGCUGGAAAGAACAGCACUCUUUUCAUCAAGCAUGCUGUGAGAACAGACUUUGGCAAUUACCAGAUCACUGGAAAGAACCCUAGUGGAACCAAGUCUGCAUCUUGUAAAGUGGACGUUAUGGAUGUUCCUGGGCCCGUGGUUGAUCUUAAGACUACUCAAGUGAACAAAAGGAUUAUAUCUAUGACUUGGUCAGAUCCACUUGACAAUGGUGGAAGUGAUAUAAUGGGCUACGUUGUGGAGAGAAAGGAUGCUAAAAUGCAUAUCUACAGACAGCCCUUGGAGACUGCUGCCUGCAAAUGUGACAUCGUUGGCCUUCUUUCCGGAGAGGAAUAUAAGUUCCGUGUUGUGGCCAGAAACAAAUAUGGCCUUGGAGCACCAGUUGAGUUGGGCCCUAUUCUUGCGGCUGAUCCAUUGGGUGUGCCCUCUGCUCCAGAGAAGCUGCAUUACACUGACAGAGGCAAGACAUGCAUCACCCUCUCCUGGGAGCCUCCUCGCAGUGACGGAGGUAGUCCCAUUCGUGGCUACUACGUUGAGAAGAUGAGACAGGACUCAGAUGAGUUCGACCCUGCCAAUCGUCAAAUCUGCAAGGACUGUACUCUGACCGUGGAGAACCUGUCUGAGAACAUGUCUUAUAAGUUCCGUGUCAAGGCUGUCAAUGAGGUUGGAGAUGGCGAGCCAUCAAAACCCAUCUCUGCUCACAUUCAGGAUGAUGAAAUUCCCCCAACUGUUACAUGGCUGAAGCAUUUCAAGAGAGACUCUAUCAUUGUCAAGGUCGGUGCAGCCAUUGACAUCCCAGCUGAGAUAAUAGGUCUGCCACUACCAACCUUCGAGUGGUCCAAGGAUGGAGUCGUGAUUGCCAAGCCUCCUGAGACAAUGACAAUAGAAACUGAGGAGGUUAACAGAACAACAAUUCACGCCAAGCUCAGUAUCCCUGAGACUGUCAGACAAGAUACUGGUGUAUAUGUACUUACAGCUACAAACAUCUAUGGCAAAGCGGAACCUAAAGUCAAAGUGGAAAUCUUGGAUCGCCCUUCACCACCAAGAGAUAUUGUGAUUUCUGACAUCAAAUCGGAAUCAUGCUACCUCACCUGGAGUGCUCCAGAUGACAAUGGUGGAAGUGAUAUUAUGAACUACAUCAUUGAAAGGCGAGAUGCCAGCAAGAAGAAGUCUGACUGGGAGCAGCUGACAUGCUGUGUUGUUGACAGGCGAUAUGGGGUCUAUAAGAUGAAUCCCUAUGGUACCUACCAAUUCAGAAUCAUGGCUGAGAACAAGUUUGGAAUCAGCGAUGGCUGUGAAUCUGAGAAGGUUGAGCUGAAGGAUCCAUUUGGUCUUCCCGGACCUCCCAGGAAUCCAAAAAUUGUGUCAUGCACCAGCAGUUCCAUGGUUGUCUCUUGGGAGCCACCCAAGGAUAAUGGUGGAUCUAUGAUUCAGGGCUAUUGGCUGGAGAAGAGAGAGAGAGGAGCAGUGUACUGGGGCCGCGUAAACAGAGCUCCAGUCACAAAGCCUGCUGUUAAGGGACUGGAGUACAAAGUUCUUCGCCUUAUUGAGGGUUCAGAGUACCAGUUCCGUGUGAUGGCUGUCAAUGCCGCUGGAGUUGGACCCCCAAGUGAGGCAUCUGAGUGCAGAUGUGCUGUGGAUGCAAAGAACACACCUAGUGCACCAUCAAGUCCAGAGAUUGAAGACAAAACGAAGAACAGUGUUACACUUAAAUGGAACCCACCAGAGAAAGAUGGUGGAAGUCCCAUCAAAGGAUACAUUGUUGAGUACCAGGAAGAGGGUGACCUAGAAUGGAAGAGAGCAAAUAAGCCAGAAAAGCUGAUUCCAAGCACAACAUUCACAGUUCCUGAUCUCAGAGAGAACAGGAAGUGCCGGUUCAGAGUCAUUGCAGUGAAUGCUGCAGGCGAAUCGGAACCAAGUGCAAGAAGUGGCGAUACCAUGGUUCAGGAUGUCCUUUUGGAGCCUACUAUAAUUGUGGAUGUUGACGUGCAAGAGCUUGUGUCCAUCCAUGCUGGUGCACCCAUCAAAAUUCCAGCCACCAUCACUGGACGCCCCAUGCCUAAGUUCUUUUGGAACUUUGAAGGUGCUGCUGAAACUGAGAAAAAGAAUGAAGUUCAUACUCUUCCAGUGGACGUAGAGGUACAAGACACUCAGACAACAUCAGUCAUAACAAUCCCCGAGAGUAGACAGGCACACACAGGACGUUUCAUCAUCUCUGCUGAAAAUGCAGCUGGACAUAAGAAUGUGAAGGUCCGGGUGGCUGUACUUGAUCUGCCAGGUAUCAUUAGAGACCUGAAAAUCAGUGAUGUCACCCGUGGCACAUGUAGACUGUCUUGGAAACCACCAGAAAAUGAUGGUGGAGAUAGAAUCAAGAGCUACUUCAUUGAAAGGAAAACUGUUGAGGGUAAAGCCUGGACCAAGGUUAACCCAGCAUGUGCCAGCCUGUCUAUGCUUGUCCCAGACCUCAGUGUUGGACAGGAAUAUCUGUUCAGAAUUCGUGCAGAGAAUAGCCUUGGAUUUGGACCAUACUAUGAGACCAUUACUGGAACCAUAGCCAGGGAUCCAAUCCAUCCUCCUGAUCCUCCAACAAGAGUCAAAAUUAGAGAAGUUCAUAAGGGCACUGUCACACUGACUUGGAAGCCACCAAGGAAUGAUGGUGGAGCCCCUGUUACCCACUACAGUAUUGAAAGGCUGUGGUGGGACACAUGUGACACAGACGAGCAAGACUCAUGGAGACGUAUCAACCGUCGUGAAGUUGAGGAACUUACCUUCAAGGCUGAAGAUCUUACUGAGGGUGGAGAGUAUGAGUUCCGUGUAAAGGCUCACAAUGAAGUUGGAGCAAGCAGACCAUCUUCCACUGCUGGGCCCAUCAUUGUUAAAGACCAGACAAAGGCACCAUCCAUUAAACUCGAGGAAUUCCUUGAAGUUGAACAAGGAGCAGACAUCAGCAUCGUGGCUAAAAUCAAAGGGUGCCCCUUCCCCACCCUCACCUGGUUUAAGGCUCCAGCUCACAAAUCAGAUGCCAAGGUCGAGGUGGAGUAUGACGAGCACAUCAAUAAGAUUGUGUCUGAUGAUAGCUGCACUCUGCUGAUCCAGCAGGGCAAGAGAGAAGACACUGGGCUCUACACAAUCACAGCCACCAACAGCCUGGGCAAAGCCUCCAAGGAGAUGAGACUCAAUGUCCUGGGACGUCCCGGACCACCAUCUGCACCCAUCAAAUUUGAGGAGAUCAAGGCUGAACAGAUAACCCUGUCCUGGCUACCUCCUAAAGAUGACGGUGGCUCAAAGAUCACUAAUUAUGUGAUUGAGAGACGCGUAUCAAACCGUCAGACAUGGAUCCCUGUGACCAGUGAGCCCAAAGAGCGCAUCUGGACUGUGGAGGGACUCAUGGAGGGACAUGAGUACAUAUUCCGUGUCAGGGCACAGAACAAAUAUGGAGUUGGUGACCCACUGGACAGUGAACCAGAACAAGCUAGAAAUGUUUGCCUUCCUCCGGGCCAGUGUGAAAAGCCAACUCUUUCAAGUAUCGGAAUGGAUUCAAUGACUGUGAACUGGGAGGAGCCAGAUACAGAUGGUGGUUCCCCUAUCACAGGCUACUGGCUUGAGCGUAAGGAGACCACCUCCAAACGAUGGGUCAGAGUCACUCGCGACCCCAUCAAGCCCAUGCCUCUUGGUGUGUCACAUCAUGUGACUGAUCUCAUUGAGGGGUCUGAGUACCUCUUCCGUGUGACAGCCAUGAACGUGGCUGGAAUGGGACCACCAAGUGUGCCUACUGAUCCAACCUUUGCUCGGGACCCUAUUGCUCCUCCUGGACCUCCUACACCCAAAGUUAUUGACUGGACCAAAUCUACUGUUGAUCUGGAAUGGAUCCCACCACUGAAAGAUGGUGGAUCAAAGAUUCAGGGCUACUAUGUUGAGUACAAAGAAGAGGGCACCGAGGCAUGGGUCAAGGCCAAAGAAAAAGAAGUGAGAGGGACCAGAUUUGUUGUGACUGGACUAAAGGAGAAAGGCCUUUACAAAUUUAGAGUUGUGGCAUUCAAUAUUGCUGGACUUGGAGAACCUGGCGAGAUUCCUGAAGCUCUUGAAGUCAAGGACAGGACAAUUGCCCCUAACAUCGAGCUCGACCUGUCAGUGAAGGAGAGGAUGGUUGUACAUGCUGGGGGAGUCAUUCGCAUCCUAGCCUAUGUGACUGGCCAGCCUCCACCCAUAGUCACAUGGAACAGAGAUGAUGGUGCUAUACCAGUGGAUGCUGUUGUUGAGACCACUGCCAUCAGCUCCUCUAUGGUAAUUAAGCCGUGCACCAGGAAACACCAGGGAACCUACUCUAUCACCGUGAAAAAUGAUGGUGGAGAGGUGAAGAGAGCCAUCGUUGUUGAUGUUCUGGAUGUCCCUGGUCCAGUGGGUAUUCCAUUCACACCAGAACACCUGACCAGUGACUCGUGCAAGUUGAACUGGCACUUCCCAGAGGAUGAUGGUGGUUCUGCCAUCACCAAUUAUGUGAUUGAGAAACGUGACGCUGAGCGCAAAGCUUGGACAUCACUCCAUUAUACCCUCUCCAGACACAGUGCUGUGGCACACAACCUUAUUGUUGGAAAGGCCUACUUCUUCCGAGUUGCAGCUGAAAAUGCCAUUGGACUGGGUCCAUUCACCAGCACAACUGCAGAGAUUAUCAUCAAAGAUCCAAUAACUGUGCCAGACCGACCAGAGGAACUUCAGGUGACAGCCAUUACUAAAGACCACAUCAGUGUCACUUGGAAACCACCAAAGAGUGAUGGUGGUUCUGAGGUCACUUCCUACAUUUUGGAGGCCCGUAUGAUUGGCAAAGACAAAUAUAUCAGACUCACCAAAGAGAAACUUAUGGACAGGAGGUACACCUAUGAUGGUCUGCGGGAAGGUGACUCUUAUGAAUUCCGUGUCAGCGCAGUGAAUGAAAUUGGGCAGAGCAAGCCAUCCUUCUGUACUAAAGCAAUCACAUGCAGAGAUGAACUAGAGCCCCCAACCAUCGAGCUUGACUUCCGUGACAAAGUAAUCAUUCGCGUUGGUGAGAGCUGUGCUCUUCUGGGCCGGUACACUGGAAAGCCUGCUCCUUCUGUCACUUGGGCGAGAGAUGAUGAGGACUUGAAAGCAGAUGAGCAUAUCAAGUUCAAGAAUACUCUGACUACCAUGUGUCUUGGUCUCAUGAAGGCUAAGCGUGAACACAGUGGCAGAUAUUGUGUGACUGUGGAGAACAGCACUGGGGCCCGCAAAGGCAUUUGCAAUGUCACUGUUGUUGACCGUCCAUUGCCUCCAGAGGGUCCAGUUGUCUUUGAGGAGGUCCACAGAGACCACAUGGUCAUUUCUUGGAAGCCUCCUCUUGAUGAUGGUGGAUGCGAAAUUUCCAAUUACAUUGUUGAGAAGAGAGAUAUCAACAGAGACAUGUGGACUUCUGUCACAUCUGCCACAACAAAGACAACAUGCAAAGUGCCCAAACUCCAAGAGGGACGUGAAUACAUCAUGAGAAUCUCUGCCGAGAAUAUGUAUGGCAUCAGUGACCCACUAGAGUCUGAAGAGAUGAGAGCUAAAGAUCGUUUCAGAGUACCUGAGGCACCUGCUGAACCCACUGUGAGGGAGGUAUACCAUGACAACGCCCUAAUCCUUUGGAACAGACCACGUGAUGGUGGCAAGCCCAUCAUCAAUUAUAUCCUUGAAAAGAAGGAGCCAUCUGCAAAGAGAUGGAGUCGUGCAACAAGGGAUCCUUUAUAUCCAAACACUCAGUAUCGCGUGCAGGAUCUUGUUGAAGGCUGCCAGUAUGAAUUCCGUGUUACAGCAGAGAAUGAAAUUGGCAUUGGUGACCCAAGUCCACCUUCAAAGCCGAUCCUUGCAAAAGAUCCAAUUGUUCUUCCAAGUCCUCCAGUCCUGCCAGAAGCUGUUGAUAAGACCAAGGAUACAGUGAGUCUGUCUUGGCAUGUACCUCGACACGAUGGCAAAGGCAAACUCUUUGGUUACUUGGUUGAAUAUCAAAAGCCAGGUGCCGUUGAAUGGCAGAAGGCUAACGAGACUCCCGAAGAAUGCCCGGACACAAAGUUUGUAGUUACCAAUCUUAUUGAUGGAAAUGAAUAUAGGUUCAGGAUCAAGGCUGUGAAUGCAGCUGGAGCCUCUGAUCCUGCAUACGUCAAGCAAGACAUUAAAGUCCAUGACAGACUUGAGGCUCCUGAGUUGUAUCUGGAUGGCAAUAUGUCUCGUGACCAUCUUGCUAUGGUGGGAACAGACAUUGUGCUUAGUGCUACAAUCAAGGGUAUGCCUAUUCCCACUGUUACAUGGAAGAAGAAUGGCGAGGAAUGUCCAGCUAAGUGCAUUAUUGGGGUCACAGCAACUGGAAGCAAAUUGGAAAUCCGUAACUGUGAUCGCAGUGACAGUGGCAAUUACACUAUAACUGUGGAAAAUGCAGCUGGAACCAAGACUGCCACUUGUGCAGUGCUCACCCUAAAAAAACCUGAUCCUCCUCGCAAUCUGACGAUAUCCGAGAUCACUAGUGAAUCUGCCUAUCUUACCUGGAAAGCCCCAGAGGAUGAUGGUGGAGCUGUGAUUUCCCAUUAUGUAGUGCAAAAGAAAGAUGUUGCAUCUGACCAGUGGGUGCCAGUCAAUGCUGCUUGCAAGAAACUUAGCCUUAUGGCCUUGUAUCUGAUGGAGGGAAUUCAGUAUUUAUUCAGGGUGGCUGCUGAAAAUCAAUUUGGCAGAAGUGAAUUCAUUGGAAUCAAGCAGCCUAUUAAGGCUCUUGAUCCUCUUUAUCCACCCGGUCCACCAAAGAAUUUGCAUCAUACUGAUGUAGAAAAGACUGAAGUUUGGCUUCAGUGGGAGUGGCCAGAACGCACUGGAGGAAGUGAAAUUACAGGCUUUAUUGUGGAGCACCAAGAGGAAGGACAAACUGACUGGGUCACUUUCAAAACAGUCAGUGACGCUAAGACCCAUGUAACUGGACUGGUAGAGGGCAAGACUUACAGAUUCCGUGUAAAAUCACAAAAUGCCAUUGGAAUUAGCCAACCUGAUACCAGUGUUCCAGUGACCUGCCAAGAAAAGCUUUUGGCACCAGCAAUUGAGGUUGAUGUGAAGCUUAUUGAGGGUCUCGUUGUCAAAGCUGGCGGCACACUUGUCUUCCCAGCUAUCAUGAAAGGAAUCCCUACUCCUACAGCCAAGUGGACUAGUGAUGGCAAUGAAAUGAAAACGGAGGGCAAAUUCAAAAUUGAAACUGAAGGAACAUCAACAACCUUAAGCAUCAGCGAUUGUACUCGCGCAGACAGUGGAGAGUACAUUCUGACUGUGGCAAACCCAGCCGGAAGCAAAUCCGUUGCUGUGCACGCAACUGUGCUUGACGUUCCUGGUCCACCAAUUGGUCCUGUCGCCAUCCUUGAGGUUACUCCUGACCAUAUGGUCAUCAGCUGGCGUCCACCAAAGGAUGAUGGAGGUACUCCAUUGAUGAGUUACGUAGUUGAGAAAAAGGAUGUCAAGAAGCCUUGGGAGCCUUGGUCAGUCGUCAGCUCGGGAAGCAUGAGCUUAAAAGCCAAGGUUCCUCGCCUGGAGAAGGGCCGUGAAUAUAUUGUGCGUGUUCGUGCAGAGAACAAGAUUGGUAUUGGUGCCCCACUAGAAAGCCCACCAACCAUUGCCAAACACAUGUUUGAUCCUCCUGGUCAACCGGGACCACCAUCAUGCUCUGAUAUCACUGAAAAUGCUGUAACAUUGUCAUGGGAAGCACCUGAGUCUGAUGGUGGCAGCCCAAUCAGUGGCUAUAUUGUUGAGCGCAGAGAACUUACAGGCAAAUGGAUUAGGGUCAACAAGACCCCUGUCCUGGAUCUGAGAUACAGAGUAUCAGGUCUUUUUGAGGGCAACAGCUAUGAAUUCAGAGUCUUUGCUGAGAACAUUGCUGGAGUGAGUGUGCCUUCACUUCCAUCUGAACCCAUGAGGGCAAAGCGGCCUCUUGGUCGUCCUGGUCCUCCUCAGAGCCCCAAACUGAAGGACUGGAGCAAAUCAUAUGCUGACCUAGUUUGGACCAAACCCACAAGAGAUGGCGGCAGCCCAGUGUUGGGAUAUAUUGUUGAGAUCCAGAAAUCUGGCAGUGCUCAGUGGGACAAGAUUAACACAGAUCUCAUUCCAAUCUGUGCAUUCAGAGUAAAUGGUCUUAUGGAAGGCAUGGAGUACAGGUUCCGUAUCAGAGCUGCCAACAAGAUUGGAGAAGGUGAACCAAGAGAGCUUUCUGAGACUGUACUUGCCAAGGAUAUCCUUGUGCCUCCUGAGGUCAUUGUUGAUGUGUCUUGCCGUGACCUCUUGACUGUCAGAGCUGGACAGAUUAUCAGUUUGGUGACUCGUGUGAAGGGUAGACCUGACCCAGAGAUCACCUGGACAAAGGAUGCAAGGGCGCUGGGCAGAGACAAGCGUACUGACAUUAACACCAGCUACCCCUUGGCUGAACUGGUGAUUGAAGAUGCAGUCAGAGGAGAUUAUGGAAAAUAUGCCAUUCUGGCUAAAAACAGCAGUGGCACAGCACAAGCCACUAUUGUGGUCAAUGUACUUGACAUUCCUGGGCCAUGCCAGAAUUUGAAGACUGCAUAUGUGACCAGAACUUCCUGUAUGGUUUCUUGGGAGAAUCCAGAGGACAAUGGAGGUACAGAAAUUACAAACUACAUUAUUGAGUCCCGUCAACCUAGCCAAAGGAAUUGGACCAUGGUGUCAAAUGACUGCACAAAACGUCUUAUCAAGGCGCCUCUUGUGCAAAAUUGUGAAUAUUUGUUCAGAGUUAGAGCUGCGAAUAAGAUUGGUGCUGGGCCAUCAAUUGAGACAAGAGAUCCCAUUCUUGCUGUUGAUCCUGUGGACAGGCCAGGACCACCUGAGAACCUGCAGAUUGCUGAAAUUGGUAAAACAUUUGCCUUCCUCAAAUGGAAGAAGCCAGAGAACGAUGGUGGCAGCCGCAACCUUGCCUAUCAUGUGGAAAAGAAACCUAAAGAGUCUGAUGACUGGGAUAGACUACACAGAGGUGCGAUUAAAGAUACAUUCUUCAUGGUUGACAGAUUAGCUGAAAAUCAAAUCUAUCAAUUCAGAGUUCAAACAAAGAACGAAGGAGGCGAGAGUGACUGGGUGACAACCGCUGAAACACUUAUAAAAGAAGUUGUUGUGGAACCAAGCCUCAAGCUUAAGUUGGAGGGCAAAGUUGUGGUUAAAGCUGGUGACUCUAUUGCUUUUGAAGCUGAAGUCAGUGGAACACCAGACCCAGAUAUCAAGUGGACCAAGGAGGGUUCCACUAUUGAUUUGCACAGGAGCCCGAGGAUUACAAUUGAAGGUGGAGUUAAAUACUCCAAAUUCCUUCUUACAAACUCAAGACGUACAGAUACUGGAAAGUUUGUUAUCACUGCUACUAAUCCUGGUGGAACUGCAUCUGCCACAGCUGUGUUGAAUGUGCUUGACAGACCUGGUCCAAUAAGAGACCUAGUAGUAUCUGGAAUUUCUAUGGACAGAUGCACAUUAUCCUGGGAGAUCCCAGAGGAUGACGGCGGUUGUGACAUCUACAAUUACAUUGUUGAGAAGUGUGAAACACAGAGGGGUGUCUGGUCUGUUCAUUCAUCCGCUGUUAUUACCAACUCUGCUUUAGUUGCUCGCCUUACUGAAGGAAAUGAAUACAGUUUCAGAGUGCGUGCAGAAAACAAGAUGGGAGCUGGCCCUGCAGUUGAGAGUGAGUCCAUUGUUGCAAGAACACUCUUCAGUCCACCUGGAGCCCCAGAUGCACCAGAAGUUACCAAAGUUGGCAAGAAUGAAAUGACAGUUGUGUGGUGUGCUCCUACUAAUGAUGGCGGAAAGCCCAUCACUGGCUAUAUUCUUCAGAAGAAGGAGCAACACGCUGUUCGAUGGGUACCCGUGGCAAAAGAUCUUUCUGAUACGUCAAUGACCGCGUCUGGCUUGCUGCCCAACCAUGAGUACCAGUUCAGAGUCAAGGCUGUAAAUGAAAUUGGAGUAGGCAAUCCAAGCAAGCCUUCCAGAUCACUUGUGGCCAGAGAUGCUGUUGGUCCCCCUGGCCCUGUUGGUCAUUUGAAGGUGGCAGAUAGCUCAAGAUCAUCUAUUACACUUGGAUGGACCAAGCCUGUUGAUGAUGGUGGUGCACCAAUUAUUGGAUAUGUAGUUGAAAUUAGAGUCCCGGAAGCAGGCAAAAAGGCAGAUGAGGGUUGGAAGAGGUGCAAUGUUGCCGCCCAGCUGAUUGCAACUGAAUUCACGGUUUCAAGUCUGGACGAGAAGAUGGCUUAUGAAUUCCGUGUUUCUUGCCAAAACCAGAUUGGCUUGGGCCCAGCCACUAAUCUUGGGGCAGCUGUUGUACCCAGAGAGGUUCUUGAAACCCCUGAGAUUGACAUAGAUGCUGACCUGAAGAAGGGCUUGACUGUCAGAGCUGGAUGCCCAAUUAGACUGGUGGCUACAGUCAGAGGAAGACCUGCACCAAAAGUCUUGUGGAGGAGAAUGGGCAUUGACAAUGUUGUCAGGAAAGGUCAUGUGGAUAUCAUUGACACAAUGACAUUCCUUGUUAUCUCUGACACUAAUAGAGAUGAUACAGGAAAAUACACACUGAAAGUGAACAGUCCAGCUGGGGAAAAGGCUGUUUUUGUGAAUGUUAAAGUUUUGGAUACCCCUGGACCUGUGCUCAAUGUUGAAGCUACAGAUGUCACAGUUAAUUCCUGCAAACUUGCAUGGUCUCCUCCUGAUAAUGAUGGAGGCAGUCCAGUGACACAUUACAUUGUAGAGAAACGUCCAAUUGACAAAAAGACCUGGGCAACUGUCAACACCAAUGUGGAUGUAGAAAAGACGGUUCUUAAGAUAAGCAAUCUUGUGCCAGGCACAGAGUACUACUUCAGAGUGACAGCGGCCAAUGAGUAUGGUCCUGGCGUGCCAAGAAUAUCUCCACAGUCCUAUCUGGCAUCGGAUCCCGUCAGCAAGCCAGACCCUCCAGAGAAGAUCGAGGUACUGGAAAUCACCAAGAACAGUGCAACAAUCGGUUGGGUUAGACCAAUGCGGGAUGGAGGUGCCAAGAUUGAUGGAUAUGUGAUUGAUUACUUGGAGAUUAAACCACCAAAGAAACCUAAGCCAGCAGAGGGUGAAGCCACAGCAGAGGGUGAAGCAGUGGCAGAGGGUGAAGCAGUGGCAGAGGUUGAAGCAGUAGCAGAGGGUGAGGGUGAGGCUGAAGCUGCACCUGCUUCUGCAUCUGAGCCUGAGCCUGAGCCCGAAGAAGAAGAGGACGAGGACGGCAAGCCAAAAGAGUUACCUUGGACACCAUACACAGUUGUCAAAGGUUUAAGCAUUACUUUGGUUGGGCUUAAACUGGGGAAGCAUUAUAGGUUCCGCGUUGCAGCAAGAAAUAUCAUGGGUUGCAGUCUACCAACAGAGACCAGAGAAGCACAUGAAAUCAAGGAACUAUUGUUGGACCCCAAGAUUGUCAUGGCAGAAACACUGACUGCAAAGGCAGGAGCCAAACUAAGAGUAGAAGCUGUUGUUUCUGGCAAGCCAGCACCUGAGGUCAAAUGGAAACGUGGAGAGGAUGCUGUUGUCUCAUCCAGCCGUCUUGCUGUGCACAAAUCUCAAAACCUAUGUGUACUCAUUAUCAAAGAUGUUUCAAGAACAGACAGUGGCCUGUAUAGCCUCAUUGCUGAAAACAGCUGUGCCACUGUGACAGAAUCUAUCAAAAUUGUCAUUAGAGAUAUCCCUGGACCACCUGAGCCUCCAUUUGAGGUCAGUGACAUUGAUGCCGAUGCCUGCACACUGUCCUGGAAUGCACCUUUGGAAGAUGGUGGAAGCAAAAUCACAAACUAUGUGGUUGAGAAAUGUGAUAUCAGUAGAGGUGACUGGGUCACAGCAGUAUCUUCCCCUGGCAAGACUGGCUGUAGACUUGGGAAGCUUAUCCCUGGAAAGGAGUAUGUGUUCCGUGUUCGUGCUGAGAAUCGCUAUGGCGUCUCCGAUCCUAUUACAUCUGACAGAAUGAUUGCCAAGUUCCCCUUCAAUGUUCCUGGUGAAUCUCUGAACUGCCGCAUCACCAAAAUCAACAAAGACUGUAUGUUUGUGGCUUGGGACAAGCCAGAAUCUGAUGGUGGCAGCCCUAUUACUGGAUACUACAUUGAGCGUAAAGAGAGGAACAGCUUGCUUUGGGUUAAGGCUAAUGACUCUGUUGUUCGCACAACAGAAUAUCCAUGUGCUGGCCUCAUUGAAGGUCUGGAAUAUAAUUUCAGAGUGUCUGCCAUCAAUCGUGCUGGCCAGGGCAAACCUAGCAAGAAGUCUGACUUUGUUACGGCAAGAACACCUGUUGAUGCACCAGGUAAACCAGAGCCUCUUGAUGUGACCAAGAACAGCAUUACACUGGUCUGGACCAAACCAAAGAAUGAUGGUGGAAGCAAGAUCAUUGGGUAUUAUGUUGAAGCCAUGAGAUUGCCUGGAGACACAUGGAUUCGUUGCAACACAAGCAGCCAGAAUGUACCAAGAGAGGAGUACAAGGUUACUGGACUGGAUGAGGAUGUCAAGUACCAAUUCAGGGUUAUUGCAAAGACAGCUGUGAAUUUGAGCAAACCGUCUGAGAUCUCUGAUCCCAUCCUUGUAUCUGCUGAGAAUGUACCUCCAAGAAUAGAGCUCCAGAUUCAGAUGAAAAAGAUGCAGCCUAUCAAAGCUGGAAGAGAUGUCCGUCUUGAGGCUGAAAUCUUUGGUAAACCAAUGCCAAAGGUUACAUGGAGUAAGGAUGGACAAGUCUUAAAGGGGGACUUGAAUCUGAAGCUGACGCAGAAGCGAAAUCUCUAUGGUUUGGAGAUGGCUUCUGUGACUAAACAACAAACUGCAGUGUACACCAUCCUUGCUGAAAAUGCAAGUGGUUCCAAGACUGAGGAAAUAACACUUACUGUCUUAGACAUUCCUGGACCACCAACUUCUGUCAAAUUCGAUGAGGUGCUGGCAGAAACUAUCAAGUUAAGCUGGGAACCACCCACUGCUGAUGGCGGUUCACCUAUAACUAACUACAUUGUUGAUAAACGUGAAACUAGCAGGGCUGAAUGGGCCCAGGUCUCUGCCAAAAUCAGUGGUCAGGUCACUGAAUGCACAGUGCAAAGACUGAUUGAGGGACGCGAGUAUCAGUUCCGUGUCCGUGCUGAAAACAGAUUUGGUGCUGGAGAUGCCAUCCUCACAGAUCCUGCUAUUGCCAGGAAUCCAUUUACUGCCCCUGGACCGUGCGAUCCUCCAGUAAUUACCAAUGUUACAAAAGAGAAGAUGACAGUAAGCUGGAAGGAACCAUCAGAUGAUGGAAAGUCUCCCAUCACUGGAUUCAUGCUUGAGAGGAAACAAACAAAAGAAAUUAAAUGGACAAAACUUAACAGAAAGCCACUCAUUGAGCGAACCCUUGAGAUUACCGGGCUCUCAGAAGGAGUUGAAUAUGAGUACAGAGUUAUUGCUGUAAACAUGGCUGGUCCUGGAAAACCCAGUGAACCCUCUGUUGGUGUCUCAGCAGUGGAUCCUGUGUUCCCUCCUGGUCCUCCUGUUUCUCCAACCGUUUUGGACACAACAAACAGCACAAUCAGGCUAUCCUGGACAAAGCCAGCAAAUGAUGGUGGAGCUCCAAUCUUAGGCUAUCUUGUAGAGUGCAAGAGAUUAGACAUGAAAGACUGGAUAAGAUGCAAUGUCCCCAAGAAUCUCCAGGACACCUAUUACGUUGUCACAGGCCUUUUGACUAAUUCUCAGUAUCAACUGCGUGUGACAGCUGUCAACAAAGUGGGUUUCAGUGAGCCAUGUGAAGUCCCAGACAAACCUAUUGUCAAAGAUAUUUUGGUGGCUCCUGAAGCUACACUUGAUGCAGAGCUGAAAGAAACACUGGUGUUGAAGGCUGGUUCUUUAAUGAAACUUCAUGCAACAAUUAAGGGUCGCCCUGCACCCAAGGUGAUAUGGGCCAAAAUGAACACCAACAUUAAGGACAGACAAGGAAUCAUCAUAAAGUCAACUGAGUUAGAUACCACUGUGAUUGUUGAAAAAGUGAACAGAUAUGAUGCAGGCAAAUAUAUUUUGAGUCUUGAAAGCCCCCGUGGAAUGAAGAUGUACACAAUUGUAGUCAAAGUUCUCGACACCCCGGGACCACCACUCAAUCUUAUGGUUAAGGAGACCACAAAAGAUUCUGCAUCAAUUCUUUGGGACAUGCCUCUUAUUGAUGGUGGAAGUCCAGUGACAAGUUAUAUUAUUGAAAAGCGUGAUGCUGAGAGAAAGGCCUGGUCCUUGGUUUCAAACGACUGCACGAAAACAUCAUUGAAAAUUGAUGGUUUGGAGGCAGGUAGAUCUUACAGCUUCAGAGUUAAGGCUGUGAACGAAUUAGGCAUUGGAGAGCCAUGUGAAACUGCAGAUGCUGUGAGGGCCACUGAACAACCUGGACCAGUCAUGGACUUCAAGCCCAUCUUGGUAACCAAAGAAUCAUGCACUCUUACCUGGAAGAAACCUAUCAGUGAUGGUGGCAGUCGAAUUAUUGCAUAUGUCGUUGAGGUUAUCAAUGGUGAUGACAACUGGAAGGAGCUUAUGAGGUCAAAGAAUAUGCAGUACAGUGGCAAAGACCUAAUUGAGGGCAAAGAAUACAAAUACAGAGUUAAGGCUGUGAAUGAUUCAGGAGAUGGUCCUGAGAAGGAGCUCAGUCUGGUGGCAAAGGACACCAUUGUUCCACCAAACUGUGAUUUGCGUGAUUUGCCCAACCUAUGCUACAUUGCCAAGGAGGGAAGCAAUGUCCGUUUGAAGAUCCCUCUCAUUGGAAAACCUCCCCCAACAGUCAAAUGGGUCAAGGGUGAGGACGAAAAUCUCACUGAUACCGGCAGAGUGUCUGCUGAAUCCACAUUAGUGAAUACAACUCUUCUGAUUCGUGACUGCCAGAGGAGUGACGCCUCCAAAUACACCAUCACUCUCAGAAAUAGUUUUGGAACGAGGGAGUCAACCAUAUUUGUCCGAGUAGUCGGCAAACCAGGGCUUCCAGUCGGACCUAUUAAAUUCAAGGAGGUCACAGCUGAUGGUGCAACUUUGAAGUGGGGUCCACCUAAGGAUGAUGGUGGCUCACCAAUCACAAACUACAUCCUCGAGAAGAGAGAUUCCAUCACCAACAUGUGGGUCACAAUUGCUUCAUGUGUCGAAGAAGCCACAUUCAGAGUGACUGGACUCCAUGAGGGAACUGAAUACAUCUUUAGAGUGUGCGCAGAAAACAAGUAUGGAGUUGGUGAAGGUCUCAAGUCUGAGUCAGUGUUGGCAAAGCAUCCAUUUAAUGUUCCUGAUGCACCACCACCACCUCAAAUCAUGAGUAUGCGUCACAAUUGUGCCUACCUGGCUUGGAAUGAUCCAAGGAAGACCGGAGGCUCUCCAAUCACUGGCUACCAUGUUGAAUUCAAGGAAAGAAACAGCAUGUUGUGGAAGAGGGCUAACCAGACCAGUUUGAAAAUGAGAGAAUUCAAAGUGACAGGUUUCACUGAGGGUCUGGAGUAUGAAUUCCGUGUCAUGGCAAUUAAUUUAGCUGGUGUUGGUCGACCAAGUGCACCAACUGAGUCCAUGGUUGCCUUAGACCCAAUUGAUGCCCCUGGUAAACCUGAUGUCAUCAGCAUUACAAGGAGCACAGUAACACUUCAGUGGACCGAGCCUGAGUCUGAUGGGGGACACAGACUUACUGGAUACAUUGUUGAGAGACGUGAUCUACCGUCCAAAAUUUGGGUCAAGGCCAAUAUUAUGAAUGUUGUGGAUUGCGCAUACACUGUUACAGACUUGCAGGAAGGAUGCAAGUAUGAGUUCAGAAUCCGGGCUAAGAACUCUGCUGGAGCACUCAGCCCACCAUCUGAGCAAACUGACACUAUCGUGUGUUCAGAUGAAUAUGCUGCACCAACCAUCAUAAUUGACUCCACUGUUAAGGAGGGACUUACUGUGAGAGCGGGUGACACAAUUGUCAUAACUGCUACAAGCAUCUUGGGUAAACCUACUCCAACCUCUUUCUGGUCUAAAGGAGGAAAAUACUUUAAACCUUCAGAUAUAUGUCAGAUUGAGUCUACCAAAACAUCAUCUACUCUCCACAUCAAGUAUGCAAGCAGAAGUGACUCAGGAGAGUACACCAUAUCUGCAAGUAAUCCAUUUGGCAUUAAAGAAGAAAAUGUCAAGGUGAAGGUAUUGGAUGUACCAGGUCCUCCUGGGCCCGUUGAGGCCAGUGGAGUUUCCUCUGAAAAGGUCACCUUAACUUGGACACCACCAACAGAAGAUGGUGGAUCUGCAAUUAAGUAUUACACUCUAGAAAAGAGGGAAACAAGCCGCCUUCUCUGGACCAUUCUUGCCGAACAGGUCACUGACUGCCACUAUGUUGCUACAAAACUUGUCCAAGGCAAUGAAUACAUCUUCCGUGUCAAAGCUGUAAAUCAUUCUGGUGCUGGAGAUCCAUCACAUUCUGGGGCUAUCAAGAUUGUUGAUAACUUUGGCCCCCCUGGUCCACCUGCAAAACCAGAAAUUGAAAAUGUUAGUGGAACCAAUGUAACCAUUGCAUGGAAGAGGCCUGCUGAUGAUGGUGGCAGUGACAUAACAGGUUACCUUGUGGAGAAGAAAGAAAAGAAAGGUGUGCGUUGGAUCAGGGCAUCAAAGAAGACUGUAUCUGACCUUCACUUUGAGAUUAAAGGCCUUGCAGAAGAAGUUGAAUAUGAAUUCCGUGUGACAGCUGAAAAUAAGGCAGGCUUAGGAGAGCCAAGUGAACCAACUAUACCUGUUAUGACGAAGGGUAUAGCAGAUGUCCCAGGUCCUCCUGUUAACCCAAGAGUUACUGACACAACAAAAACCACUGCUGAACUGCACUGGGGUAAACCACUAGAUGAUGGUGGACGUGACAUAACUGGAUACAUAGUUGAACAUAGAAAAGAAGGAGAAGAAGAGUGGGUCAAAGCCAAAAAAGAAGGAGUACUGAGGAUUGCAGAAUUUGUUGUGCCAAACCUGCAAACUGGAGUGAAAUAUCACUUCAGAGUGAGUGCAGUGAACUGUGUGGGUGUUGGGGAGCCUACACAAAUUGAAGAUCUUACCGAAGUUGUUGAACGGGAGGAAGUUCCAGAUCUAGAGCUUGACGUCGAACUCAGAAGAACACUUGUUGUCAGGGCUGGAGGAUCUAUCCGCAUUUUUGUUCCAAUUAAAGGAAGACCAGCUCCUACUGUUAGUUGGACAAAAGAUGAAGGACCAGUUAAACAGAGAGCCUGCAUUGAUGUCACUGAGUCUUACACUCUCCUGGUAAUCCCUGACUGCAGUCGACGUGAUGCUGGAAGAUAUGACUUGACCUUGGAAAAUGCAGCUGGAAAGAAGACUGCUAAUAUAAAUGUUAGGGUCUUAGACUCACCAGGGCCUCCUAUUAAUUUGAAACCUAAAGCCAUUGACAAGGAGAGCAUUACCCUUCAGUGGGAAAUGCCUCUUAUUGAUGGAGGAUCCAAGAUCACAAAUUAUGUCAUUGAGAAACGAGAGUCUACUCGUAAAUCAUAUGCCACUGUAAUCAUGAACUGUGAGGAAUGCUUUGUAAAAAUCCCAGAUCUGGCAGAGGGUUCUGAAUAUUACUUCAGAGUUUCUGCUGAAAAUGAAUAUGGCAUUGGUGAAGCUGCUGAGACUGUUGAUCCAGUCAGAGCAUCUCAGGCACCAACUGCUCCUCAAACUGUCACAAUCACAAAUGUCACAAAGAAUUCUGCAAGUUUGACAUGGACUAAACCAAAACAUGAUGGUGGUAGUAGAAUUACAGGAUAUGUUAUUGAGGCUCAGAAGAAAGGGGGUGAUCAGUGGGCCCAUGUGACAACAGUGAAGGCCUUUGAUUACACAGUGAAAAAUCUAAAUGAAAAUGAGGAAUAUGUUUUCCGUGUCAUGGCUGUGAAUCAUUCUGGUCGUAGUCCACCACGUCAAAGUAAGGCUGUUGUCAUCAGGGAGCAGACCUCAGGACCAGAGUUUGACCUGCAUGGUAUCUGUCAGAAGAUGAUUAUUGCUAAGGCAGGAGAUGACAUAAAAGUUGAGAUACCAGUCUCAGGGCGCCCAAAACCUACAGUUUCAUGGCAGAAAGAUAGUCAAGCACUAAAGUUCACACAAAGAAUAAAUGUGGAAAAUACUAAUGUUUCUACAAUCUUGAGCAUUAAUGAAUGUCUAAGAAGUGACACUGGAGCAUACACUGUUACAGGAAAGAACAUACUUGGCACUGUGUCAGAGACCUUUGGAAUCAAGGUACAGGAUGUUCCAGGACCUCCAAAAGGACCAAUCAAGUUGGACAAAAUCUCCCUAACGUAUGUUGCAUUUUCCUGGGAGACACCUGAAAAUGAUGGUGGUGUACCAAUUAAUAAUUAUAUUGUAGAGAUCAAAGAAACAAAUAGUCAGACUUGGACAGAGUUAUCCACGCAAAUCAUCAGAACGACAUUCAAAGCAACUCGUUUAACAACAGGGGUAGAAUACCAGUUCCGUGUCAAAGCAAAAAAUAGAUAUGGUGUAGGACCUCCAAUCACAUCAGAAGCAGUGGUUGCAGCACAUCCAUUCAAGGUUCCUGGACCACCAGGAACCCCCAAGGUUGUUGCCUUCACCAAAGACACAAUGACAAUCGGAUGGAAUGAACCUGUCAAUGAUGGCGGAAGUGAUGUGCUUGGAUACCACGUGGAAAGGAAAGAGAGGAGUGGUAUUGUGUGGCACAAGAUAAGCAAAUCUCUAGUUAAAGGAAACUUAUUUAAAUCCUCUGGACUGGAAGAUGGUAUUGCAUAUGAAUUCCGAGUGUUAGCUGAAAAUUUGGCUGGCAUCGGAAAACCAAGCCAUGCCUCAGAAGCCAUGCUGGCUCUUGACCCAGUGGAUCCACCAAGUCAGCCAGUUCCAAUCUAUGUGUCAAAGAAUAUUAUUACAAUUCAGUGGACAAAGCCAGAGUAUGAUGGUGGAUUCAAGAUAACUGGAUACACUGUGGAAAAGAGAGACCUACCAGCUGGUCGCUGGAUGAGGGCCAACUUCACAAAUAUCAUUGAAACAUCCUUCACUGUCAGUGGACUUACACAGGAUGCCUCUUACGAGUUCCGUGUGGUUGCAAGAAAUUCAGCUGGUGCUGUCAGUGAACCCUCUGAUCCAUCAGAUCCAAUUGUCUGCAAAGAUGAUGUUGAGGAACCAAGGAUUAUGGUUGAUGCUAUAUUCAAGGAUGUCGUUCUUGUGAGAGCUGGUGAGAACUUCAAGUUAGAGGCUGAUGUUGCAGGUCAACCAUUCCCAUCCAUGACGUGGACUAAAGAUGACAAAGAUGUUGAAAGAAGCUCAAAGUUGGACAUUAGAAUGACUGACCUCACAACAACACUGAUAAGCAAAGAUUCACUGAGAAAAGAUGGUGGUGAAUUUGUUCUGACCGCAUCGAAUGUUGGUGGUUUUGCCAAGCAUGUAUUCAAGGUUAAAGUUCUGGACAGGCCAGGUCCACCAGGAGGACCCCUUGCUGUUUCAGACAUAACAGCUGAAAAAUGCAAGAUAGCAUGGACUCCACCAACAGAUGAUGGAGGGGCUGAUAUUGAAUAUUAUGUUGUUGAAAAACGCGAGUCAAGCAGGCUUGCCUGGACACAUGUUGCUUCUAAGCUAACUGAAAAUGAGUUCCAAGUGACUAAAUUAUUGAAAGACAAUGAAUACAUUUUCAGGGUCAUGGCAGUCAACAAGUAUGGACUUGGAGAGCCUCUUGAGUCCGCUCCAACCAUUGCAGACAAUCCAUACGUUGCACCUGAUGCACCACAAACUCCUGAAGUAUCAGUCAUCACUAAGGACUCCAUGGUACUUUUCUGGGGUGCCCCAAAUAGUGAUGGUGGAAGUCCAAUAACAAGUUACAAUAUUGAAAGAAGAGAUAAAAUUGGUCUGCGUUGGGUUAAAUGUAACAAGAGGCCUGUAACUGAGUUACAAUUCAGGGUUACAGCACUUGUCCCAGGACAUGAGUAUGAGUUCAGAGUCUCUGCUUUGAAUGUAGCUGGUGUUAGCCCACCCAGUUCCUCAAGUCCCUUCUAUAAAGCUACUGACACUCUGUAUGAACCCGGACCCCCAGGAAAUCCAAGGGUUUUGGACACAACAAAGUCUUCCAUUACUAUUGCUUGGAAUAAACCUGUAUACGAUGGUGGUUCUGAAGUAACUGGGUAUCUUAUAGAAACAUGUCCUGCUGGUUUAGCAGAAGAGGAAUGGACUAUUGUAUCUCCCAAAGAUGGAUUAAAGGCAACAUCAUUUACAAUUAUAAACCUAAAAGAGAAUGAAGAAUAUAAGGUGAAUAUUUCGGCCAUGAAUAGUGAGGGAAUUGGAGAAGCUGCAUCUGUUCCUGGCACUCCCAAAGCAGAGGACAGGUUAAUUCCACCGGAGGUUGAGCUUGAUGCCGAGCUUCGCAAAACUGUCACUCUUAGAGCCUGCUGCACACUCAGACUCUUUGUGCCCAUUAAAGGAAGACCUGCACCUCAGGCUACAUGGACAAGAGACAAUGACGAGCCUCUUGACAGAGCCACUAUUGAAAGUACUUCAUCUUUCAGUUCUUUAGUGGUUGGAAAUGUCAACAGAUUUGAUAGUGGUAACUACAUUUUGACAGUUGAAAACAGCUCAGGGUCAAAAACAGUCACAGUGAAGGUCAAAGUUCUUGAUACACCAGGAGCUCCACAAAAUCUUAAAAUUGCCAAAGUUACCAAUGAAACUGUGACACUUGAAUGGGAACCACCAUUGAAUGAUGGUGGCACAAAGAUCAAGAAUUAUGUAGUUGAAAAACGUGAAGCAACAAGGAAAGCAUAUGCCACUGUUAAAGCUAACUGUCACAAGACAACAUAUACUCUAGAGAAUUUGCAAGAGGGAUGUAACUACUACUUCAGAGUCUUGGCUGAAAACGAGUAUGGAAUUGGUCUGCCAAUAGAGACUCCUGAAUCAAUUAAAGUGUCUGAAAAGCCACAACCACCUGGAAAGAUCACACUUGUGGAUGUAACAAAGAACAGUGUUACACUAUCAUGGGAGAAACCUGAGCACGAUGGAGGAAGCAGAGUGGGUGCCUAUGUUGUUGAAAUGCAGAGCAAAGGCAAUGACAAAUGGGGUCAAGCUGCAAUUGUUCGUGUUACUGAGGCAGUGAUUAAAGGACUUACACCUGGUGAAGAAUAUAUGUUCCGUGUUUCAGCAAAGAAUGAGAAAGGAACAAGUGAUCCUCGUGUGAUUGGUGUACCAGUUAUUGCUAAAGACCUUGUGAUUGCUCCCUCACCAAAAUUGCAAUUCACUACAUUCAGUGUUCUUGCUGAGGAAGACUUGACUAUUGAGGUGCCAUACAUUGCUCGUCCAAAGGCAGCUGUCUCCUGGAUUAAGGAUGGAGUCCCCAUGAAGCGAACUAGCAGGGUGAACUUUUCAUCUACUGAGACAAUGUUGACACUAUCAAUUACAGAAGCCUGCCGUGAGGAUGUUGGCCAAUACAGUAUCAAACUGACAAACACUGCUGGUGAGACCACAGCAGAUAUUGGAGUGAUUGUUCUUGAUAAACCUGGCCCACCAUCUGGUCCAGUGAAAAUAGAAGAUGUAACUUCUGAUAGUGUAACUAUUUCCUGGAAGCCUCCAGAGUAUGAUGGUGGUUGCACUAUCAACAACUAUAUGGUUGAGAAGAGAGAUACAGCCACAACAAAUUGGCAAGUUGUAGCUGCUAAUCUCGCAAGGACAAAGGCCAAAGCUGCGAGGUUGAAGACAGGAACAGAAUACCAGUUCAGAAUAACGGCUGAGAACAGAUAUGGAAAGAGCCCUGCACUCCUCUCAGGAUGUGUUGUUGCUCAGUAUCCAUUCAAACUUCCAGGACCCCCUGGUACACCAUCUGUUCAUGAAUCAACCAAAGACAGCAUGGUUGUUGUUUGGAAUGAGCCUGUCAAUGAUGGAGGCAGCACUAUUUUAGGUUAUCAUCUUGAAAGAAAGGAAAGAAAUAGUAUUCUCUGGAUUAAGCUGAACAAGUCAAUUAUCAAAGACACAACAUUCAAGACAACUGCCCUGGAAGCAGGGCAGGAGUAUGAGUAUAGAGUUUAUGCAGAGAACAUUGUUGGCAUUGGAAAAGUCAGCAAACUGUCAGAGGGGUACAUUGCUAGAGACCCAUGUGAUCCCCCUGGUCAGCCUGAGGCCAUUAAAAUUACAAAGGAGUCUAUUAAGAUUGCUUGGACUAAACCAGAAUAUGAUGGUGGAAGCAAGGUGACUGGCUACGUCGUUGAGAAGAAGGAGUUACCAGAAGGCCGCUGGCUGAAAGCUAACUUCACCAAUGUCAUUGAAACUGAAUACGUUGCCACUGGGUUAGUGGAGGACCAGCAAUAUGAGUUCCGUGUCAUUGCAAGAAAUGCUGCUGGAGUUUUCAGUCCUCCUUCAUAUAGCACUGGACCCAUCACUGCAAAGGAUGAAAUUGAGCCACCACGUAUCAGCAUAGACCCAGAGUACACACAGACACUUGUGAUAAAUGCAGGUGAUUCCUUCAAGAUUGAUGCAGAUGUCCAUGGUAAACCAUCACCUUCAAUUCUCUGGAUGAAGGAAGAAGCCGAACUUGGAAAUACCAUAUAUCGCGAAAUAAGAAAUACAGAAACUAAAGCAUGUAUUACUGUUAAAGAGGCUAAGCUUGCUGAUGGUGGGCAGUACACUCUCUUAUUAAGAAAUCCUGGUGGUGAAAAAUCAGUUAAUGUGAAUGUGUCUGUGCUGGACAAACCUGGUCCACCAGAAGGUCCCAUUAAUGUUACUGGUGUCACGUGUGAGCAGUGCUGCCUCUCUUGGAAAGCACCACUACAGGAUGGUGGCAGUGAAAUUUCUCAUUACAUUGUUGAGAGAAGAGAGACAAGCAGACUUAUAUGGACUAUUGUUGACUCUAAGGCUCAAAGCACUUACCUGAAAAUUUCAAAACUACUUGAAGGAAAUGAAUACAUUUUCAGAGUGAUGUCAGUUAACAAAUUUGGUGUUAGUGAACCAAUUCAUUCAGAUGCUGUAGUAAUCAAAGAUCCUUAUUUGACACCUGAUGCACCCAAGGGAAUUGAAAUAUCUAAUAUCAAGAAGGACUCUAUGGUAAUAACCUGGGAAGCACCAACAAAUGAUGGUGGUAGUCCUAUCACAGGGUAUGUCAUUGAGAAACAUGACAAGGAAGGAGUUAGAUGGACUCGUUGCAACCGGUCAAGAGUCACAGACUUAACAUUCAAAGUCAAAGGACUCCUUGAAAGACACAGUUAUGAAUUUAGAGUUGCUGCUGAAAAUGCUGUUGGUGUUGGUGGGCCAAGCACUCCUUCUGUGUUUUUCAAGGCCGUGGACCCCAUCUUCAAGCCCGGUCCUCCAAGUAAUCCUAAAGUUACCGAUAUGACCAAGACCUCAGUCAAUCUUGCAUGGGGCAAGCCUAUCUAUGAUGGAGGUUGUGAAAUUCAGGGUUACAUUGUUGAAGCCUGUGAAGCUACAGAAGAACCAGAGAAAACUGAAGAAGUGACUGAAGAGAAAUCAGAGGAGAAAUCUGAAGAGAAACCAGUAGUAUGGACUAUGUGCACUCCACCAAAUGGUGUCAAACACACCCGAUUUACUGUUGAAAAUCUAAAAGUAAAACAAGCAUACAAGUUUAGAGUUUGUGCUAUUAAUAAGGUAGGAGUUGGUGAAAAUGCAGAUGUAGCUGGAGCAAUAGUGCCAGAAGACAAGACAGAAGAACCAGAUCUUGACAUCGAUCCAGAGUACCGAAAGAUCAUGAACAUCAAAGCUGGGACAUCUCUCAGACUGUUCAUCCCGAUCAAAGGAAGGCCUUCACCAACUGUUAAAUGGGAGAAAGAUGAGCUUCCACUGAAAGAAACAGCUCAGGUGGAGGUAACAAGCACUUACACUUCUCUUGUCAUUGACAAAGUCAACAGAAAUGAUAGUGGAAAGUACAGCGUGACUGCUGAAAACUCUACUGGCACAAAUUCAGCUAUUAUUAUUGUAAGAGUACUCGAUACACCCAGUGCCCCAGUCAGUUUGAAGGUCAAAGAAAUUACAUCGGAUUCUAUAACUCUCUCAUGGGAGCCCCCACUUUUGGAUGGUGGAGCAAAAAUUAAGAACUACGUCAUUGAGAAGCGGGAAAGCACAAGAAAAACAUAUUCCGCUGUUGCAACAAACUGCCACAAGGUGGUAUGGAAAAUUGAACCUCUCCAAGAAGGAUGCUGUUACUACUUCAGAGUUAUGGCUGAAAAUGAGCACGGCAUUGGUUUGCCUGUAGAAACUGUUGAUCCGCUGAAGAUUUCAGAAGUUCCUCAAACUCCUGGUAAACUGAAUGUUGUUGAUGUGACAAAGACAACUGUAUCUCUUGCAUGGGAGAGACCAGUUCAUGAUGGUGGCAGCAGAAUUGUUCAGUACCUAGUUGAAAUGCAAGUUAAAGGCAAUGAUAAGUGGUCUGGUUGUGCAAAUGUCAAGACCUUGGAGGCUACUGUCAAAAAUCUCAACCCUGGAGAGGAAUAUCUCUUUAGGGUUAUGGCCAUCAAUGAAAAGGGAAAGAGUGACCCAAGAACCCUUGCUGUUCCUGUUCAAGCAAAGGACCUUGUAUUUGAACCAGAUAUAUCACCUGUAUUUAACAGCUACAGCGUUCGGGUUGGCAAAGAUCUCUCUGUUGACGUUCCCAUUUCUGGACGUCCUAAACCAACUGUAUCUUGGAAAAAGGAUGGGGAGGGUAUGAAAGUAACUUCAAGAGUAAACAUCAUCAACACAGUGAACUGCACAACACUAAGCAUCAAAGAAGCAGCUAGAGAGGAUGGUGGCAUGUACAGCAUUCAUGUUUCUAACUCCGCUGGCCAAAAAGACACAGCUAUUGAAAUCAUCACUUUGGAUAAACCUGGUCCACCAACAGGACCUGUUAGGUUUGAUGAAGUAACUACACAAAGUGUCACCAUUUCAUGGGAUCCACCAAAGUUCACAGGAGGCUGCUCUGUUUCAAACUACAUUGUACAAAAGAGAGACACAACCACCACCACAUGGGAAAAUGUUGCAGCAUCAGUUGCAAGAACAUCCCUUAAAGUACCAAGACUAAAAACUGGAGCUGAGUAUCAGUUUAGAAUUAUUGCUCAGAAUCGCUAUGGCAAGAGCUAUGCAUUGGAAUCAAAACCAGUGGUAGCUCAGUAUCCUUACAGAGAGCCAGGUCCCCCAGGUACUCCAUUUGUUUCACAUCUGUCAAAGGAUCAUAUGAUUGUAGAAUGGAAUGAACCCGUUUCAGAUGGAGGCAGCGCUGUUAUUGGUUAUCAUCUUGAGCGUAAAGAGAGAAAUAGUAUUCUCUGGACCAAAGUCAACAAGACACUCAUUCAAGACACUAAGUUUAAAACAGCUCCACUGGAAGAAAGCAUUGAAUAUGAGUUCAGAGUAUAUGCUGAAAACAUUGUGGGUAUUGGAAGAUGCAGCAAACUCUCUGAGGGAUAUGUGGCACGUGAUCAGUGUGACCCACCUGGCAUCCCAGAGCCAAUCCAUAUUAGCAAGAAUUCCAUGACAAUCCAAUGGACUAAGCCUGAGUAUGAUGGAGGAAGUGUCAUAACUGGUUAUAUUGUUGAGAAGCGUGACCUUCCAGAUGGACGCUGGAUGAAGAUUAACUUCACAAAUGUCAUUGAAACCAACUUUGUUAUCACUGGUCUAACUGAGGGUGAGAAAUAUGACUUCAGAGUAAUAGCAAAGAAUGCAGUUGGUACCUUCAGCAAGCCAUCCUACAACAGUGGACCUAUCACUGCCCUAGAUGAGGUUGAACCACCCAAGUUCUCAAUUGACCCACAGUUCACUAAAGCUAUUGUGGUUGAUGCUGGAGAAACAUUUAAACUUGAUGCUGAUGUGUAUGGAAAGCCACCACCUACAAUUGAGUGGUUCAGGGGAGAGAAACACAUGGAAAACACUAUAAGAUGUGAUAUUAAGAACACUGAAAGUAGAGCAAUGAUUAUUGUGAAAGAUGCUGUCAGACAGGACAGUGGAGAGUACAUUCUACAGCUGACAAAUGUGGCUGGCUCUCAGACUGUUCCAUUCCAAGUGAGGGUGCUAGACAAACCAGGACCCUGUGAAGGACCUCUUCAUAUCACUGGUGUUGCAUCUGACAGAUGUACUCUAUCAUGGAAGGCACCACUUCAUGAUGGUGGGAACCCAAUAACUCAUUACGUAAUUGAGAGACGAGAAACAAGCCGUCUUGCUUGGACAAUUGUUUCCAGUGAUUGUACCACCACUGUAUACAAAAUAACCAAGCUUCUUGAGGGCAAUGAGUACAUCUUCCGUGUCAUGGCACUCAACUCUUAUGGUGCUGGUGAGCCACUUGAUUCAGCAUCUGUAAUCAUGAAAGAUCCAUUUGUACCCCCUGGUUCACCUCAAAUUGUCGAUGUAACUAACAUUGCAAGGGAUGCUAUGACUGUUUGCUGGACUGCUCCAGAUAGUGAUGGUGGAAGUGAAAUUACCACCUACAUCAUUGAGAAGAAAGACCGGGCAGGAAUCAAAUGGACAAAGUGUAACAGACGAAAGGUAACAGACUUGUGCUUCAGAGUUACAGGUCUCUCAGAGGAUCAUGAGUAUGAGUUCAGAUUGGCAGCAGAAAAUGCAGCUGGAGUUGGGGAGCCAAGUUUACCAACCUCAUACUACAAGGCUUGUGAUCCAAAGUAUAAACCUGGCCCACCAACACAUGCACACGUUAUUGACACAACAAGCAGCUCUGUUACUGUUGCAUGGGGAAAGCCUCUCACUGAUGGUGGAACUGCAAUUCAGGGCUAUAUUGUUGAGAUUUGUAAAGCUGAGGCUGAAGAGGAGGAAUGGACAAUGUGCACACCACCAACUGGAUUAAGAGUCAACAAGUUUGAAAUCACCAAGCUUGCUGACCAAGAAUAUAAGAUUAGAGUUUGUGCAAUUAACAAACUGGGUGUUGGUGAAGCAGCUGAAGUUCCUGGAACUGUCAAACCAGAGGAAAGAGUUGAAGCUCCUGAAAUCCUGCUUGAUUCUGAACUGAGGAAAGGAGUCAUUGUUCGUGCUGGUGGAUCUGUGAGAAUUAAUGUACCAUUUAAGGGAAGGCCAGCUCCAGAGAUUAAGUGGACAAAAGAUGAAGCAGAGCUGAGUGAGCGGGCAGUGAUUGAGAAAGGUCAGCAUCACACCCAACUUUCAAUUGAUUCUUGUGACAGAAGAGACUCUGGAAAAUACAUUCUGUCACUUAAAAAUAGUAGUGGCACUGUAUCUGAAUUUGUGACAGUAAAGGUUCUGGAUACACCAAGUGCUCCUCUGAACCUUAAAGUCACAGAGAUUAAGAAGGACUCUGUUGUACUGGUCUGGGAGUCUCCACUUAUUGAUGGUGGUGCCAGGAUCAAGCAUUAUGUUGUUGAGAAGCGUGAAUCUACGCGCAAAGCAUAUGCUGGUGUCACAGCAAAAUGCACCAAAACAACCUUCAAAGUUGAAAAUCUUGCAGAGGGUGCCAUGUAUUACUUCAAAGUUAUGGCUGAAAAUGAAUAUGGUAUUGGUUUGUCUGUUGAGACAAAGACUGCUUCAAAGGCCUCUGAAGUUCCAAUGCCAGUUGGAAAGGUCUUCCUGACUGAUGUUACCAAAGUUAGUGCCUCUCUGGCAUGGGAGAAACCAGAGCAUGACGGUGGUAGCAGAAUUGUUGGAUACAUCAUUGAAAUGCAACCAAAGGGAACAGAUAAAUGGGGUGUAGCAACAUCAGUUAAGACCUGUGAAGGAACCGUCCAAGGGCUAACAACAGGUCAGGAGUAUCUGUUUAGAAUUUUGGCAUACAAUGAGAAGGGGAAGAGUGAACCAACGCCAUUGGCUUCACCAGUGAUUGCCAGUGACAUGACUAUUGAGCCAAGCCUUAAGGUACAGUUCAGUACAUACAGUGUGAAAUCUGGUGAUGACUUCCAGCUGGAAAUCCCAGUAUUUGGACGCCCUAAACCGAAAGUUACUUGGAAAAAGGAUGGACUAAGUGUAAAAAUAUCUAGCAAAAUGAGUAUUUCCAAUACACCAACAUCAACUAUCUUAAAGAUCACUGAGGCCACUAAAGAAGAGUUUGGAACAUAUGCAGCCACAGCCACCAAUACAGCAGGCACUGCAACAAAGGAGAUUGGACUCAUAAUUCUUGAUAAGCCUGGACCUCCAACAGGACCAGUGAAAGUAUCUGAUGUGACUAAUACCUCUGUCACCAUCUCAUGGGAGCCCCCUGAGUAUACAGGUGGCUGUCAGAUCAAAAAUUACAUUAUUGAAAAGCGAGACACAACGACAACCACCUGGCAAGUUGUUUCAAACAAUAUGGCAAGAACCACUAUGAAGGUAACCAAGCUGAAGAAGGGUUCUGAGUAUCAGUUCAGGAUUUGUGCUGAAAACAGAUACGGAAAAGGUGCUCCUUUGGACUCCAAAGCAAUUGUGUCACAGUACCCUUACAAAGUCCCUGGUCCACCUGGUACUCCCUAUGUCAAAUCUGCCACGAAAGAUCAAAUGGUCAUUGAAUGGAAUGAGCCAGUGAAUGAUGGUGGAAGUUCAGUCAUUGGUUACCAUCUUGAGAAUAAAGAAAGAAGCAGCAUCAUGUGGAAUAAACUAAACAAGACACUCAUUAAAGAUACUCUAUUCAAGAUUAUAAAUCUAGAGGAGGGUGCCGGUUAUGAGUAUAGAGUGUUUGCAGAAAAUAUUGUGGGUAUUGGUAGAUCAAGCAAAGUGUCAGAGAGUUUUGUUGCUCGUGACCCAUGUGAUCCACCUGGUACCCCUGAAGCCAUUGCCAUCUCAAAGAACCAAAUGACUAUUCAGUGGACAAAGCCAGAAUAUGAUGGUGGCAGCAAAGUUACUGGAUAUAUUGUAGAAAAGAGAGAUUUACCAGAAGGUCACUGGAUGAGAGUUAACUUUACCAAUAUCAUUGAGACUGAAUUUACAAUCACAGGCUUAACACAGGACAAUCAGUAUGAAUUCAGAGUAAUUGCAAGGAAUGCAGCUGGUAUUUAUAGUGGACCAUCUGACAGCACUGGUGCAGUCACAGCUACAGAUGAAAUUGAGCCUCCAAGUGUCUCAAUGGAUCCAAAAUAUAAGGAUGUCAUUGUUGUCAGUGCUGGAGAAAGUUUGGUCAUGGAUGCAGAUAUUCAUGGCAAACCAACUCCUACUGUUGCAUGGCUAAAGGAAGGAAAGGAAAUCGAAAGAGCACUCAGAAUUGAAAGGAAAACUACACAGAAAUCUGCAUCCAUUACAAUCAAGGACUGCACAAAAUUAGACAGUGGGCACUAUGAUCUCAGUCUGACCAACAGUGGUGGAACAAAAGUAAUACCAAUUACUGUGAAGAUUCUUGAUAAGCCUGGUGCACCCACUGGGCCACUGCGUAUUACAGGAGUAAUGCAGGACUCAUGCAAACUGUUCUGGGCAGAGCCUGCUCUUGAUGGUGGAGCAAAGAUAUCUCAUUACAUUGUUGAAAAGAGAGAAACCAGCAGACUGUCUUGGAGCAUGGUUGAACCAAAUGUUGAAGGUGCCAGUUUCCAUGUGACUAAACUUCUGCCAGGUGAUGAAUAUAUCUUCAGAGUUAUGGCUGUCAACAAAUAUGGUGUUGGUGAACCUCUUGUGUCUGAUCCAGUUGUUGCACGCAAUCCUUACAUGCUACCAAGUGCACCCUCUGCGCCUGAGGCAAGUGAAAUUAUGAAGGACUCAAUGUUGCUAACCUGGACUAAGCCAGAAUCAGAUGGAGGAGCAGAAAUUAACGGCUACCAUCUUGAGAAACGUGACAAAGAUGGAGUGAGAUGGACUAAAUGCAACAGACAGAAGCUGACAGAUGAAUUCUUCAGAGUGAAAGGCCUUCAAGAAGGUCACUUCUAUGAGUUCCGCAUUUCUGCUGAAAAUGAAGCUGGUGUGGGAGACGUUAGUGAUUUGUCAAUGUUCUACAGAGCUAUUAAUGCGACAACACCACCCAGUCCACCACAGCAUCCCAAAGUUGUAGAUUAUACAAAAUCAACAGUGUCACUCUCCUGGGCUAAACCUGCUACUGAUGGUGGUGCAUACAUGAAAGGCUACAUCGUUGAGAUGAAAGAGGUCGCUGCUGAAGAGUGGACCACAUGCACACCUCCAGCAGGUAUUCAGAGAACACGCUUAAUGGUGGAAAAUCUCAAGGAAAAUGGGGAAUAUGACUUCCGUGUUUGUGCCUUUAACUCUGAGGGAGUUGGAGAGCCUGCUGAUUUCCAUGGCCCAGUCGUUGCAGUUGAAAAAGUUGAGGCACCAGAGAUGGAACUAGAUGCUGACCUCAGAAAGGUUGUGUCUGUCCGUGCUGGUGGUUCACUGCGCUUAUUCGUAACUAUUAGAGGUCGACCUGAGCCUUCUGUGAAAUGGGAAAAGGCAGAGGCAGAGUUAACCGAACGUGCACAGAUUGAAGUCACAAGUUCUUAUACAAUGCUUGUUAUUGACAAUGUCAACAGAUUUGACAGUGGGAAGUAUGUUCUGAACCUUGAAAAUGCUUCUGGCACUAAAUCUGCUUUUGUUAAUGUGAGAAUUUUAGACACACCAAGUGCUCCUCAGAAAUUUGAAGUGAAGGAUGUCAAGAGAGACUCAGUCACUCUCUACUGGGAGCCUCCUCUGACAGAUGGUGGAUCCAAAAUAAGUACCUAUAUUAUAGAAAAGCGAGAAUCCGUAAGGAAAGCCUACACAACCGUCACAAGCAACUGUACCCACACGUCAUUCAAGAUCGAUGAACUCCAAGAGGGUGGUAUUUUCUACUUCAGGGUUUGCGCUCUGAAUGAGUAUGGUAUGGGUGUGAUGGCAGAAACUAAAAAUCCAGUGAAGGUUGCUCAAGUGCCCAUGGCUCCAGGAAAAGUCACCCUUGUUGAUGUCACCAAAACCAGUGCAACUCUCACAUGGGAAAAGCCUGCCCAUGAUGGAGGUAGCAAAAUUAUGUUCUACAAUGUGGAAAUGUUGCCUAAGGGAACUGACAAAUGGGGAGUGGCCACUACAGUCAAGGUCUUGGAAGCAACAGUACCAAACCUGGCACCAAAUGAAACAUAUUCAUUCAGAGUUAUUGCUCUGAAUGAAAAGGGCAAGAGCGAGCCAAAAGAACUUGGUGUUCCAGUUGUUGCUAAAGAGAUUGAGAUUGAACCCUCUGUCCACAUGCUCUUCAGCACUUAUAGUGUAAAGGCUGGAGAUGAUCUCACAGUUGAGAUUCCAAUCAGAGGCAGACCUAAACCUGUCGUGUCAUGGAAGAAAGACAAUCUUCCUCUCAAACAAACAACCUCCACCACAAUUCUGAACACAAAAACUUCAACUAAGAUUGUCAUCAAAGAAGCUACCAUUGAGCAUGUAGGAAAGUAUGACCUCACUCUUGCAAAUACCGCAGCCACUAAGUCAUUUGGGGUUAUCAUUGUUGUUCUGGAUAAACCAGGAGCACCCACUGCUGUGAAAUGUGAUGCUGUCACGAAUGAUAGCAUUACUUUGUCAUGGAGCCCACCAGAAUAUGAUGGUGGAUGUUCUAUCAGUAAUUAUAUUGUUGAGAAGAGAGACACCAACACACAAGUUUGGCAGAUAGUUUCCACUAAUGUGGCUAGACAAUCUAUCAAAGCUACUCGCUUAACUCAGGGCUCUGAGUACCAGUUUAGAAUCUAUGCAGUCAAUCGUUAUGGAAAGAGUCCUGGCAAAGAUUCUCCAGCAAUCACUGCACAAUACGUGUGCAAGCAACCUGGACCUCCCUCUACACCUCAAGUUUCAUUUGCUACUAAGGCUUACAUGAUUGUCACCUGGAAUGAGCCAGUCAAUGAUGGAGGCAGCACUGUACUUGGAUAUCAUUUGGAGCGUAAAGAACGCAGCAGCAUUUUGUGGACAAAAAUGAACAGAAGCCUGAUCAAAGACACAGAAUACAAAGUCACCGGCAUCGAGGAAGGCAUGUUGUAUGAAUAUCGUGUCUAUGCUGAAAAUAUUGCUGGAAUCGGAAAGGUGAGCAAAGUCUGUGAGCCUGUAGCUGCAAGAGAUCCAUGUGAUCCUCCUGGUCAGCCCACAGUUACUAGCAUCACAAGAACGUCUGUUUCUCUUUCCUGGACAAAGCCUGAGUAUGACGGUGGAGCUAAAGUUACUGGAUACAUCAUUGAGCGUAAAGAUCUUCCUGACGGCCGCUGGAUGAGAUGCAAUUUCACCAAUGUGCCAGAAACAUACUUUGAUGUUACUGGGCUCACAACAGAUCAACAGUAUGACUUCCGCGUUACUGCAAAGACUGCUGCUGGUACCUUCAGUGAGCCAUCCUAUAACACAGGCCCCAUCACAGUCAAGGAUGAUGUAGAGCCACCACGCAUAAUGAUGGAUGUAAAGUUCAGAGAUGUCGUGGUUGUAAAAGCAGGAGAGACUCUGAAAAUUAAUGCUGAUAUCGUUGGCCGACCCCUUCCAGUGGCAUCAUGGACAAAAGAUGGUCACGAUAUUGAGCCCAGGGCCAAAAUUCAAAUCCUUUCUACCGACACCACCACAUCCAUAACAGUUAAGGACUGUGUAAGAACUGAUUCCGGUCAGUAUUUACUCACACUGCAAAAUAUUGGUGGAACUGUAACAAUGCCUGUGAACUGCUCAAUCAUUGACAAACCAGGCCCUUCAGCUGGUCCACUGGCAAUCACUGGCAUCACUGCAGAGCAAUGCACAUUGGCAUGGGGACCUCCUCAAGAAAAGGGUGGUGCAGAUAUCAUGCAUUAUGUAGUGGAGCGACGAGAAACAAGCCGACUUGCAUGGACUCUUGUGCAUGGAGAGGUUACAAAUACUUAUUACAAGGUCACAAAACUUCUUCAGGACAAUGAGUACAUCUUUAGAGUUAGGGCUGUAAACAAAUAUGGAGUUGGUGAAUCACUUGAAUCUGAAGCUAUCAAAUGCUGUGAUCCUUUCACAAUUGCAAGUGCACCAUCAAGUGUUGAAAUCACAGAAAUAACAGGGGAUGAGAUGAAGAUCACUUGGGAAAAACCUGUAAGUGAUGGAGGCAGUGAAAUAACUGGAUAUGUAAUUGAAAGGCGUGAGAAAUCCGGCAUGCGCUGGGUCCGCUAUAACAGAGAACUUAUCAAGGAUGUGACAGCAGUUGUGCGAAAACUGCGUAAAGGUUGUGAGUAUGAAUUCCGUGUUUAUGCUGAAAAUGCAGCUGGUGCUGGUCCUCAUAGUGACCCAUCUGCACCAGCUAGAGCAGAAGAUGAAGCAGACAUACCAGAACCACCAACAAAACCAAAGAUUGUUGAUUAUACCAAGACCUCUAUCUCAAUUGCAUGGCACAAGCCAGCAGAUGAUGGUGGAGCCCCAGUCCUUGGAUAUAGUGUGCAAUAUAAGAAGACAGAGGAUGAGGAAUGGACAGAAGCUAUUGAAUUGACAAAGAAUACAGAGUUUACUAUCUCGGGUCUUACAACUGAUGUAGAAUAUGAGUUUUCUGUCAAAGCAAUUAACAAAGUUGGUGACAGUGACCCCUCUCCAACCUCUGAACCUCAAGUAGCCAAAGAGAGAGUGGAUGAGCCUGUAUUUGAUGUUGACAUAGAUAUGCGCAAGACACUACUUGUCACACAUGGCCAUUCAUUCACACUCACUGCACCAUUUAAGGGAAGACCCACACCAUCAGCUACUUGGGCCAAGGAGGAGGUAGACCUCAAGGUCAGAGCAAGUGUGGAGACCACUGCCUUUAGCAGUUCCCUCACUGUUGAGCAUGCAACAAGAAAUGACUCUGGACAGUAUGUCAUUACCAUAGAUAAUGGAAUUGGAACUGCUUCAUUGCCUAUGGUUGUCAAAGUCCUUGACUCUCCUGGACCACCACGUAACAUCAAGGCAAAGGGUGUAACAAGGGAUUCUGCUACAAUUACAUGGGAAGCUCCAGAAAAUGAUGGAGGUGACCCUGUGAAGGCAUACCAUGUUGAGAAACGUGAAGCAAGCAAAAAGGCAUGGGUCACUGUAACAAGUAGUUGCCAUGAGAUGUCCUACAAAGUUGAAGAUUUGCAAGAGGGUGCAAUUUAUUACUUCAGAGUCAUUGGAGAGAAUGAAUAUGGCGUGGGUGUUCCUGGAGAGAAGAGAGAUGGAACUAAGAUCACUGAAAAACCAAGUGCACCAGCAAAGUUGGGUGUGACUGGUGUGACAAAGGACAGCAUCUCCCUGGGCUGGUCAAGACCAGAACACGAUGGUGGUAGCAGGGUUACAGGCUACCUUAUUGAAGCAGUGGAAAAAGGACAAACUAAAUGGGUGAAGUGUGCAACAGUGAAGACAAACUCACACACUAUUAAAGGCUUGAGAGAAAAUGGUGAAUACCUCUUCAGAGUUAUGGCAGAGAAUCAUGCUGGACUCAGUGAACCUAAAGAAAUGAUCAUUCCUGUCAUUGUGAAAGAUCAGCUUGAUCCACCAGAGUUUGACAUGAAGAACUAUCCGAAAAACACUGUAUAUGUAAGAGCAGGAUCUAAUUUGAAGUUUGAGCUGCCACUGACCGGAAAGCCAAUGCCAAAGGUUUCAAUAGCAAGAAACAAUGUUGCUGCAAAAACAGGAAAGAGGUUCAACUAUGAGAUGACACCAGAAAGCCUCCUCAUCGAUCUAAAGGAAAGCAUUGCCAGUGAUGCAGGCAGAUAUGAUAUCACAGCUUCCAAUUCGAUUGGAACAACUAAGAUGUUUGUUAACAUUCUGGUUUUGGAUAGACCUGGUCCACCAGUUGGCCCAGUUGAGGUUGGUGAAGUAGGCGAAACAACUGUGUGCCUGAAAUGGCUUCCACCUGUCUAUGAGGGUGGCAGUCCUGUUACAAACUAUGUUGUGUUAAGAAGAGAAACCAGCACACCUGCUUGGACAGAAGUAACCUCCCAGGUAGCACGGAAUGCUGUCAAAGUAACCAAGCUGACAAACGGAGAGGAAUACCAGUUUAGAAUCAAAGCAGAAAAUCGCUUUGGAAUCAGUGAUCACAUUGACUCACAACCUGUGAUGGUGAAACUUCCAUACACCAUCCCUGGUCCACCAUCAACACCAUGGGCUAGCUUUGUCUCAAGAGAGUGCAUCACUGUAUGCUGGCAUGAGCCAGUUGCAGAUGGUGGAAACCCUGUUUUUGGAUACCAUGUCCAAAUGAAAGAGAGAAGCAGCAUCCUGUGGCAGAAGGUCAACAAAACAGCUAUUCCUGGAACUCAAAUCCGUAUUACAAAUAUAUGCCCUGGUAUGAUUUAUGAAUUCAAGGUUUCAGCAGAAAAUGCCGCUGGUAUUGGAAAGAUAAGCAAAACAUCUGAAGAAAUACUUGCAAUUGAUGCUUGUGAACCCCCUGCCAAUGUUAAAGUUACUGAGGUCACAAAGAACUCCAUCAGCUUAGCCUGGCAGAAACCUCCCUAUGAUGGUGGCAGCAAGAUCACUGGCUAUAUGGUUGAGAGAAGAGAGGCUCCAAAUGGCAGAUGGGUGAAGGCUAACUUCACCAACAUACUUGAGAGAAAGUUCACUGUCUCAGGCCUGUCACUGGAUCAAUCUUAUGACUUCAGAGUCAUGGCUAAGAAUGCAAUUGGCUCUGUCAGUAAUCCCUCACUUAUUGUUGGACCAGCAACUUGUGUUGACAUAAUUGGUGCACCAGUCAUUGACCUUCCACCAGAGUACUUAGAUGUUGUACAAUAUAAAGCAGGUGUCACUGUCAAGAUCAAAGUUGGAAUUAUCGCUAAGCCUUUGCCAACAAUUGAAUGGCUCAAGGAUGGCAAGGAGUUGGUACAGACUUCUACUAUUUCAAUUGAGAACACCACUGAUACCUCUGGCGUUCUUAUCAAGGAUGCAACUCGUCUUAACACAGGAACAUAUGAAAUUAAAAUAAAGAAUGUUCUGGGCACAGCAACAGCACAAAUUAGAAUCCAGAUCCUAGAUAAACCUGGACCUCCUGCUGGUAACAUUGAAUUCAAAUCUGUCACAGCUGACAAAAUCGUAAUUGCAUGGGAACCAGUCACUGAUCAUGGUGGAGCUGAGGUCACCCAUUAUAUUGCUGAGAAACGAGAAACAAGCCGUGUAGUUUGGUCGGCCAUUUCUGAAGAACUGCAUGACUGCACUGUAUCAGUUCAGAAACUUGUCAGAGGUGCAGAGUAUGUCUUCCGCGUACGUGGUGUCAACAAGUUUGGCCUCGGUGAUACUCUGGAAUCUGAGCCUGUUAUUGCCAAGAAUUCUUUCGUUACCCCUGGACAACCUACUACACCAGAGGUCACAGAAGCAAACAAAACAUCCAUGAAAGUUGUAUGGGACAAGCCAGGCAUUGAUGGUGGCAGUAUGGUAACCGGCUACCUAAUUGAGAGAAGAAACAAAAAGAGUCUUCGUUGGAAGAAGAUCUUCAAAGACCCAAUUAGUGAAACUACACUCACGGUUUAUCAUCUCACAGAAAACAAUGAAUAUCAAUACCGUGUUUGUGCUAUUAACAAAGCUGGUGAAGGUCCAUUCUCUGAGGUGUCUGACUUCUAUAAGGCAGCUGAUCCAGUUGAAACACCACUUGAACCAUCCAAACUUAGAGUUGUUGAUUCUACUAAAACAUCAAUUACUCUUGGAUGGUCUAAACCUGAAUGGGAUGGUGGAAGUGAAAUCACCAGCUAUGUUGUUGAAAUGAGAGUGGGAGAAGAAGAAGAAUGGACUGUGAUUAGCCGUAAGGGUGAAGUGAGAACGACAGAGUAUGUGGCAUCAGGCCUAAAACCAGACACUGAUUACUAUUUCCGUGUGAGUGGUGUCAACUGUGCUGGACAUGGAGAUCCAAUUGAAAUGGAGGACCCAGUUCAAGCAAAGGAUAUUCUUGAGGAAGCCAUGGUUGAUCCAGAUGUAGCUAUGAGAACACACUAUAUUGUGAAGGCAGGAAAUGAUGUGGAAAUUAUCGUACCUCUCAAGGGCAGACCUGCUCCAACUGCAUCCUGGAAGAAAGAUGAUGUAAACAUUGACAAAGAUCCAAACUAUGAAAUUCACAGCACAGAUACAACAUCAGUUAUGGUGAUCCGUGAAGUCACAAGAAAAGACACUGGCAAAUACAUUGUGGAGAUUCAGAAUGGUGUAGGCCAACCAAAAACUCUCACUGUGUCUGUUAAAGUUCAAGACACGCCAGCAGCCUGCAGAAAUUUGACAAUCAAAGAAGUCACUCGUGGUAAAGUCACUCUUAGCUGGGAACCACCUCUUCUAGACGGUGGUGCUGAAAUCACCAACUACAUUGUUGAAAAGAGAGAUUCCUCCAAACGUGCAUACUCUAGUGUAACAAACAAAUGCAAAGAAUUAACAUAUGUAAUUGAGGAGGUAUCUGAGAAGACAUCCUACUUCUUCCGUGUCUUAGCCGAGAAUGAAAAUGGCAUAGGCGAUCCUUGCGAGACUGCAGAACCAGUAAAAGCUACUGAGACUCCUGGUGUAGUCAAAGAGCUUUCUAUGAAAGACUCUUCCAAAGAUUCUGUUACACUACAGUGGAAUAAACCAGACUAUGAUGGUGGUAGCAUUAUAACUGACUAUAUUGUUGAAAAGAAACUCAAGGGCGAAGAAGAAUGGGCACCUGCUGGUACUAGUAAGCACCUUGAAUUUGAAGUUAAAAAGCUGAAAGAACUCACAGAAAUGUUCUUCAGAGUUUGCUCAAAGAACGAGAAGGGCAAUAGUGAUUUCACAGAAGUUGGACCUAUCAAAGUGAAGGACUUCAUCAUUGCACCAGAAGCAAGCCUUGAGGAAUAUCCAACUGGAGAAAUUAGUGUGCGCCUUGGACAUAAUGUCCACAUUGAAUUGCCAUACAAGGGUAAACCUCGUCCCAGGCUAAUCUGGCUGAAGGACAAUCUGCCGCUCAAGGAAAGCGAACAGGUGCGCUUCAAGAGGACAGAGAACAAAGCAACUUUAAUGAUCAAAAAUGUAACUAAAGACAAUGGUGGCAAAUAUACACUCACUCUUGACAACAACUUCAAGAGAAAUUCAUUCCACAUUCAUGUCAUCACUCUUGGACCACCAUCUAGACCUAUUGGACCCAUUCGUUUGGAUGAAGUCAGAGCAGAACACAUUGCUAUAUCUUGGGAUGAGCCAAAUGAUGAUGGUGGCGGAGAAGUGAAAUGCUAUACGGUAGAGAAGCGUGACACCUCUCAGUCAGACUGGAAGAUGGCCUGCUCAAGUGUAGAAGGAACAUCAUUUAAGGUGCCUAACCUCAUCAAAGGAUUACAGUAUCAAUUUAGAGUGUGUGCUGAGAACAGAUAUGGUGCUAGUGACCCACUUGUUUCACAAAGUGUCAUUGCCAAGCAUGAGUUUAGACCACCAGGUCCACCUGGCAUGCCCCUUGUAUUCAAUAUCACCAAUGAUGGCAUGAGUCUUCAGUGGGACAAACCAGUAUAUGAUGGAGGUUGUCCAGUCCUUGGCUAUCAUGUUGAGAAGAAGGAGAAGAACAGCAUCAUGUGGCAAAAAGUUAACACAAUUCUAGUGACCAAAACAGAAUUCAGAGUCCUGGAGCUCAUUGAGGGUCUGGAGUACCAGUUCAGAGUGUACGCCCAGAACGAUGCUGGACAUAGUCGCAUGAGUGAUGUCAGCAAGUUUAACACAGCUGUUUCUCCAGUCGAUCCUCCUGGUACACCUGACUACACUGAUAUUACCAGUAACUCAGUGGCUCUUAAAUGGGAUCCACCCAAGCGUGAUGGAGGAAACAAGAUUGUUGCCUACAACGUUGAGAAGAGACAAGGACAGGGCCGUUGGUUCAAGUGCAAUUUCUCAGAUAUUCCUGAAAGUGAAUUCAUUGUGACUGGACUUGCUUGCAAUGAACGUUACGAGUUCAGAGUUACUGCCAGAAAUGCCAUUGGAACCAUGAGCCCACCUUCUCAGUCCUCUGGCUACAUUGUGGUCAGAGAUGAAACCUUUGCUCCAAACAUCGAAUUUGGACAGGAGUACUUUGAAGGAGUUGCCGUUAAGGCUGGAGAUAACAUCAGGAUCAAGGUAUCUAUUUCUGGACGCCCAACACCCAGGGUUGUAUGGUACAAGGAUGAUGUGGAAAUCACGAAGAAGAUGAUGGACAUCAUCUCUGCCCCUGGAUCCAGCUCUAUAUUUAUUAGAGAUUCUGAUCGUUCCCACCGUGGACUAUAUGCUGUAGAAGCCUCAAAUCCCUCUGGAACCAAACGAGAGAAGAUAAAUGUCCAAGUGUUUGACACACCUGGAGAGCCAGUGGGACCCAUCGUCUUCUCAGAUAUCUCAGAGGGCAAAGUAACACUUUCAUGGAAUCCUCCUGAAAACGAUGGCUGCUCUGAGGUCACCCACUACAUUGUUGAGAAGCGUGAAACAUCUAAAAUCUCAUGGGCUCUUGUCACAGAUCAGUGUGAGGAGUGUACAUACAACGCUUCAAAGCUGAUCAAGACUAAUGAAUACCAGUUCCGAGUUUCAGCAGUCAACAAGAUAGGUGUUGGUAGACCACUGGACUCUGUACCUGUUAUCGCACAGAUGCAAUACACCUCUCCAGAUGCUCCAGGCACACCAGAUGCAACAGAGGUUGAUGGGGAAAGUAUAACAAUUGCCUGGACAGCUCCAACUAAUGAUGGAGGAAAUCCGAUCAAGUAUUAUAUUGUUGAAAGGCGUGAGAAGAAGGGUCGCUGGACGAAGGUUUUGACCAGAAAACCCAUCACUGAAGUUGCACACCGUGUUACUCAUCUCACAGAAGACGUAGAAUAUGAGUUCCAAGUGAUGGCUGUGAAUGAUGCUGGAAUUGGAACGCCUAGCAAUAUAUCAAUGCCCAUAAAAUGUUGUGAGCCUACAGAGACCCCUGAUGCUCCUUCCAUUGUCAAUGUAUUUGAUUCGACCAACACAUCCAUCAGCUUGGAAUGGACCAAACCUGCAUGGGAUGGUGGAAUGGAAAUCCAAGGUUAUAUAAUUGAGAUGACCAAGGGUAGCAAGAAGGAAAAGAAGGAGGAGGAAGAGGAGGAGGAGGGAUGGCAGAGAGUCAACGAGGAUUUGUGCACAGCAACAAAAUAUGUUGUAACUGGGUUGGAAACUGGCGUUGACUACAGGCUCCGUGUCUGUGGUGUGAACAGUGUAGGAAAGGGAGAGACCUGUGAAAUCCCUGAGCCAGCCCAAGCUGUUGACAGAGUCAUGGCACCAGAUAUUUAUAUUGAUGCAAGCUUCAAGCAGACACAUAUUUUGAAGAGUGGAGGAUCUCUCUGUCUUAGUAUUGCAUUCAAGGGAAAGCCAGAUCCUGCUGUCACAUGGGUUAAAGAGGAUGGUGAGCUUGGCGUCUUGUCAGAAAUUAGUACCACAGAAGGCACAUCUUCAUUGACACUGGAGAACUGCUCAAGAAAUGACACAGGAAAGUACACUGCCACCCUUGAGAACAGCAGUGGCUCUAAAUCCAUUACAUUUACCGUCAAGGUGUUAGAUACACCUGGACCACCAACAAAUGUGGCCUUCACAGAAAUUGCAAGAGGUGCUGUGUCAUUAAAAUGGGAGCCUCCACUUAAUGAUGGUGGUGCCCGAGUUCAUCAUUACAUCGUGGAGAAGCGAGAGGCUUCACGCCGCACUUGGACAGAAGCUGCAGGAAAAUGCCUUUUACCUAAACUGAGUGUUUCUGAACUUCUUGAGGGAGUUCCAUACUUCUUCAGGGUUAUGGCAGAAAAUCAGCAUGGCCUUGGAGAGGCGUUUGAAUUCACAGAUCCAGUUAUAGCCACUGCAGAGCCUUCAGCUCCUAAAAGACUGGAUGUUCUUGACACCACUGAUACAUCUGUUACUCUUUGCUGGCUCAAACCUGAACAUGAUGGUGGUAGUCGCAUCACCAGUUACACUAUUGAGGGUAAAGCAAAGGACGCAGAGAAAUGGAUGGUUUGCGGUCAGACUAAAACUCUGAACUAUGUUGUAGAAAACUUGCCAACAGGUGCAGAGUUUGAAUUCCGUGUUAAAGCCAAAAAUGAUGCAGGCUUUAGUCAACCUAAAGGAAUGUUUGCUCCAGUUGUUGUCAAAGAGCCUCACAUUGAACCAACUGCAGAUCUCAGUGGAAUUGAGCAUCAGCUCAUCACAUGCAAGGGUGGUGCAACCUUUGAAAUUGAUGUUCCCAUCAGUGGAAGGCCAGCUCCAAAGGUGACCUGGAAACUUGAGGAAAUGAGGAUGAAGUCAACAGAUAGAGUAUCAAUUGUAACAACUAAAAACAGGACUACUCUAAUUGUCAAGGAGAGCAUGAGAGGUGAUAGUGGCAAAUACUUCAUUACCCUUGAAAACAUCACUGGAGCAAAGACCUUCACUGUCACUGUCAAUGUCAUUGGCAGACCUAGUGCACCUGAAGGACCCGUUGAGGUUUCAUCAAUCACAUCUGAGUCUUGUGUGAUUUCCUGGAAUGAACCUGAGGAUGAUGGCGGCACUGAAAUCACCAACUACAUCAUUGAGAAGCGCGAGUCUGGAUCCACAGCUUGGCAACUUAUCAAUUCCAGUGUGAAGCGCACUUCCUUCAUGGUCACAAACUUGACAAAGUACAUGCAGUACACCUUCCGUGUCUGUGCUGAAAACAGAUUUGGUGUGAGCAAAUCCACUGAGUCUGAAACAAUUGUUGCAGAACAUCCAUUUGUUCCACCGGGUCCACCAACAAGACCUGAGAUAUUUGUUGCUUCUGCUACAACCAUGAGCAUUCGCUGGGAGGAGCCAUACCAUGAUGGUGGAAGCAAGGUUACUGGAUACUGGAUUGAGAGGAAAGAACGCAACACCAUUCUUUGGGUCAGGGAGAACAAGAUCCCAUGCUUCGAGUGCGUCUAUAAAGUUGAAGGCCUUGCUGAGGGCCUGGAGUAUCAGUUCCGUGUGUAUGCCAUGAAUAGUGCUGGACUUAGCAAGGCAAGUGAUGCUUCAAAGAAGAGGAUUGCCCAGAAUCCAGUUGAUCCUCCUGGCAAACCAGAAGUAACAGAGGUGUCCAGGUCAUCAGUAUCGAUCAAAUGGUCUACACCACUAAACGAUGGUGGAAGCCCCAUCACAGGAUAUAUUGUUGAGCGCAAGCCUUACACUGUCACUGGUGAAGGUCGCUGGCUGAAGUGUAAUUACACCAAUGUCACUGACACAAACUUCAAGGUCACUGCACUUGGAGAGGGUGAGGUCUAUGAAUUCCGAGUUAUCGCCAAAAAUGCUAAUGGUGUGUUAAGCACGCCAUCAGAAUCAACUGGAGCUGUGACUUGCAAAGCAGAAUACACUCCUCCAAGGGCAGACCUUGACAGCAAACUUCUUGCUGACACUGUGACGAUAAGAGCUGGCUCUGAUCUGGUUCUUGAUGCUGCUGUUGGAGGCAAGCCUGAUCCAAAGGCGUUCUGGUCCAAGGGAACAAAGGAGCUGGAACUUUGUGAGAAGUAUGCUUUGCAGUACACUGCCACCCGUGCCCUGGCAAUCAUCAAAUUCUGCGAUCGCAAUGAUACUGGCAAAUAUAUUCUAACAGUGAAGAAUGCCAGUGGAAUCAAGUCUGCUGAGGUCAACGUCAAAGUACUUGAUACUCCUGGACCGCCAGCUGAUACGAUUGUCAUCAGCAAUGUUACAGAGGAUAAGUGCACCUUGACUUGGCAACCACCUCUUGAAGAUGGUGGUGACGCUGUUGCACAUUAUGUUGUUGAGAGGAGGGACACCAACAGACUCAACUGGGUGGUAAUGGAAGCAGAGUGCAAGGGCCUAACAUGUGAAAUCAGAAGACUUUUCAAGAACUGUGAAUAUCUCUUCCGUGUCAGAGGUGUCAACAAGUAUGGGGAGGGUGUGCCACUGCAAUCUCAUGCUAUAAUUGCUAGGAACAACUUCACUGUGCCAUCACCACCUGGACCACCGGAAUUACUUGUUGUUGGAAAGGACUUUGCUACCAUUGAGUGGCUGAAGCCAGAAAGUGAUGGUGGAAGUCCAGUUACUAGCUACCUUAUUGAAAGGCGUGAAAGGAAGAGCAUAAGAUGGAUCAAGGUUAACAAGGAUUCUGUGCUCUUGGACACAACAUUCAAGAUCUCAAGCCUACAAGAAGGCAACAUUUACCAGUUCCGUGUUUCAGCGAUAAAUGCUGCUGGUGAAAGCUUGCCAAGUGAAGUAUCCAUGUAUGCUGUCUGCAGAGAGGCAACAUGCACUCCUGCUCCUCCUUCAAUUCCACGCAUUACAGAUACCCAUGCAGAGAGCAUUAGCCUGGCUUGGACAAGACCAUUGGAUGAUGGAGGUGCUGAUGUUAUAGGAUACGUCCUUGAAAUGCAGGAGGAAGGAGCUGAAGAUGAAGAUGUAUGGACCAAAACACAUGAGAAGACUCUGAGAAACACAGAGUACACAGUGACUGGCCUUGUAACUGGCAAGAAAUACUACUUUAGAGUUGCUGGAGUCAAUGUCAAUGGAAUUGGUGAAUUUAGUGAUUCCUGCGCAGAGACAGAGCCUGUUGAAAGAAUUGUAAUUCCUGACCUAGAGAUCCCAGAUGAGCUGACUAAGACUGUUUGCUUGAGGGCUGGAGGUUGCCUUCGUCUUUUUGUUACUGUUACUGGCAGACCAGCACCAACUAUUGCCUGGAGCAAGCCUGGCACAGACCUUCAUACCCGUGGCUUUAUUGAAAUAACUAGACACACUGCCUCUCUGAUAAUUGACAAGGUGCACCGCUACGAUGCUGGCAAAUACAUAAUCUCUGGAGAGAAUUCUGCUGGCAAGAAGGAAGCCGCUAUUCUUGUCAAGAUUUAUGAUACUCCUGGUCCACCAGGUCCAAUUAAAAUCAAGGAACUUACAUCUGAAUCUGCUGUAAUUACAUGGGAUCCUCCUACUGUUGAUGGUGGUGCCCCUGUUAACAAUUACAUUAUUGAGAGAAGGGAGGCAUCCAUGAGAGCCUACAAGACAGUUACAUCCAAGUGCAGUAAGACCUCAUACAAGAUUGAUGGAUUGAUUGAAGGAAUGCUGUACUACUUCAGGGUCUUGCCGGAAAAUCUUUACGGUGUUGGAGAGCCUAGUGAAACCGGUGAUCUUGUGCUAGUAUGUGAAGUGCCAUUGCCACCACAUAAACUUGACGUUAUUGACAUAACCAAGACCACAGUAACUCUUGCAUGGGAGAAACCAGAACACGAUGGAGGAAGCAGACUUACAGCAUAUGUUGUUGAGGCCUGCAAAUUUGGAACAGACAAGUGGAUGAAGGUCACCACUCUUAAGAUUACAGACUUAGAGUACACUAUUACUUCUCUGACUGAGAAUGACCAGUUCUUCUUCAGAGUCCGUGCUGUGAACAGCAGAGGACCAAGUGAGCCCAAAGAACUUGUGGCACCUGUAACUGUUCAAGAACAAAGAGUUGAGCCACAAAUCGACCUUACAGAACUUCCACAGAAGGCAGUCAGUGUCCUUGCUGGUAAACCUCUCGAGAUAGAACUGCCAAUUGUUGGUAGACCUCCUCCAAAGUGUCAAUGGUAUUUCAGUGACAAGAAGGUGAAGAUAACUGAUCGUGUUAAGGUGAAGAGCACUGGAAAGUCAUCCAAGCUGAGUGUGCUUGACACUACUAUUGAUGACACUGGAGACUACACUCUUGAAGUCAAGAACACUCAUGGAAUGGCUACAGAAAUAAUCAAAGUCAUUGUUCUAGCCAAACCUGAUGAGCCUAAAGGACCAAUCCGGUUUGAUGAAGUUGAUGCUACCUCUGUCUUGAUCAGCUGGGAACCACCAAUAAGAGACGGUGGAGCCACAGUCAGUGGCUAUGUCGUUGAGCAGCGUGAAGCUCAUCGUCCUGGAUGGGUGCCUGUCUCCGAUUCUGUCAGCAGACCAACCUUCAAGUUUGAGAGACUGACUGAAGGAGAGGAAUAUGUAUUCCGAGCUGCAGCAAUUAAUCGCUUUGGCACUGGAGACUACUUGCAGUCUGAUGUUGUGAUGUGCAAGAGUUCUACAUCUAUUCCCGGACCACCUGGCAGACCAACUGUAUUUGACGUGUCCCGUGAUGGAAUGACCAUAGCCUGGCACGAACCAGAUGAAGAUGGUGGUUCUUCUGUGUCUGGCUAUAUCAUUGAGCGCAAGGAGGUCAGAGCAGACAGAUGGGUUCGUGCUAACAAGAACCCAGUGACCAUGACCAGAUACAGAUCUACUGGUCUGAUUGAAGGUCUUGAAUAUGAACACAGGGUAAUUGCCAUUAAUGCCAGAGGAGUUGGCAAACCAAGUCUCCUCUCCCCACGUGCUGUGGCAACUGAUAUUGUUGAUCCACCUGGUGCUCCUCAGAACCCAAGAAUCACAGACACAACUAAGACCUCUGUGUCUCUGGCUUGGAGUCCUCCAGAUGAGGAGGGGGGCGCAAAGGUCUCAGGGUAUCUGAUCGAGAUGCAGAAGGUUGGCUCAGUGACUUGGAUCAAGUGCAAUACAACACCGUCAAUGAUCUGUGAGUACACACUGACCCAGAUGCCUGCAGGGGAGGAAUUCAAGUUCCGUGUUUUGGCUUGCAAUUCUGGUGGUCCAGGUGAAGCAGCUGAAGUUCCAGGAACAGUCACCAUAACAGAGAUGCAAGAACCUCCAAGUUAUGAUCUUGAGGCCAGGUACAAGGAUGUCUACAUUGUCAGACAAGGAGGAGUCCUCAAACUUACUGUGCCCAUCAAGGGUAAACCAAGUCCUACAUGUAAAUGGACAAAGGAUGGUGCUGAUGUUUCAGAACGGGCAAUGUUCGUAUCUGAUGAAGAUGUCAGUGAGCUUGUCAUAAAAAAUGCAGACAGGAGUGACUCUGGUCUGUAUGAGCUUGUGAUCCAGAACAAGUGUGGCAAGAAGGUUCUGCGCAUCAAGGUUAAAGUGAUUGGUCGUCCAAAUGCACCAGAGGGCCCUCUUGCAUAUGAAGAAAUCCAAGCACAUUCUGUGAAAUUAUGCUGGAAACCACCUACUGAUAAUGGUGGCUCUGAAAUCCUUGGUUACAUUGUGGAGAGGCGUGAGGUUCCUAAGACGGCCUGGUACACUGUGGACUCUAGGGUGGUUGAAACAUCACUGGUGGUUAAGGGACUGAACGAAGGUGCUGAGUACCACUUCAAGGUGACCGCUGAGAACCAGUUUGGUAUCAGUGGAUCCCUCAAAUCGGAAGAGGCUCUUGUUCCAAAGACCCCCAUCUGUGUACCUGAAGCCUCAACAAGUCCACCUGAAAUUAUGGAUGUCACAAAGAGCUCAGUUGCGCUGGCCUGGACUAAGCCUAGAGAUGGUGGCUCAGCAAUAACAGCAUACUAUGUUGAGUUCAAACUGACAUCAUCUGAAACUUGGGAGCGCCAUGAAAAGAAGAUUGCUUCUACCAUGUACACUCUAACUGGUCUGACUGCUGAUGCUGAAUAUCAGUUCAGAGUAGUUGCUGAAAAUUAUAUUGGUCAGAGUGAACCUGGACCUGCUUCAGAUGUAGUUACAUGCAAAGAUCCAUUUGACAAACCAAGUCAACCAGGUGAGAUUGAUAUAGUAAGUGUUACCAAUAACUGCAUCACCAUUCGCUGGGGAGUACCUGAAUGCGAUGGUGGAAAGGAGAUCCUUGGUUAUUGGGUUGAGUAUAGAAAAUCUAUCGAAAGCACCUGGAAGAAAUGCAGCAAGCAGCGCAUCAAGGAGAAAGAAUUCCUCAUACCUGGUCUGCAAGAGGCAACUGAGUAUGAGUUCCGUGUGUUUGCUGAGAAUGCAACUGGAAUCAGCAGACCUCGUAGAACAGCCACAGGCAUUAAAACCAAACUUGCAACUGGAACAGCGCCAGGCCUUAGGAAAGAGAUGGAUGAGGUAACAGCAAAACUUGGACAGACAGUAACCAUGAAAUGCCAAAUAGUUGGGCGACCUGUACCCGACAUCAAAUGGUUUAGAUUUGGAAAGGAACUCAAGGUGGGCAUGAAAUAUGAAAUGAGUUCUGAUGGUCGUAACCACCAACUGGUUGUGGUAGCAGACCAACAGGAAGAUGAGGGCGAGUAUACUUGCAAAGGAAUUAACGAGGCCGGUGAAGCUGAGACCACAGGUGUCCUUGUUUUGGAGGCAGCUCCUCGCUUCCAUCCUGAUUAUCCUCUGAAGAGCACAUACUAUGCUGAAUGUGGCACUACCGUGCGCAUUCAUGCUGUCUACAUCGGACGUCCUCAACCAAAGAUCAUGUGGCUCCAUGGUGCAACACAAUUGCAACCCUCUGAGAACAUUAUUAUGGAGAACACAGAGCAUUACACUCAUUUGGUUCUCAAGAAUGUGCAGCGCAGAGUGAAUGGAGGAAAAUACAGAAUUCGCAUCAACAACCACUUUGGCAGUGCUGACACUGUAUUCCAGCUUGAAAUCUAUGAUAAACCUGCCAUGCCAGAAGGUCCAGUCAAGCUUGAGGCUCUAAUGAAGAACUCUGUGAUCAUUAGCUGGAAACCACCAAAGGAUGAUGGUGGUUCGAUGAUCACAAAUUACAUUGUUGAGAGACAUGAGGACAAGGAAGGUGAUGAAUGGCAACUAGUGUCAUCUUCCAUCACUGGAACAUCGUGCCGCAUUCCCAAUCUUAUUGAAAAUGCUGGAUAUCACUUCCGUGUAUCUGCACAAAACAAAUAUGGCAAUAGUGAGGCACUUGAAACCCCAACUCCAAUCCUCAUUAAGAGUCAGUUAGAGAAGCCUGGAGCACCACUGAGUGUUUCUGUGGCUGCUAUAACAAAGAAUUCUUGUGUUGUAUCCUGGAGACCACCUCUUAGUGAUGGAGGCUCCAAGAUCAAGACUUACUGCUUGGAGAAACGGGAUAAGAAGAAGGGUGAAUGGGUCUCUGUGACAAGUGAUGAAAUUCACCAGACAGUGUUCUCUGUCAAGGGCCUGACUGAAGGUGUUGAGUAUGACUUCCGUGUCAAAUGUGAAAAUCUGGGAGGACAUAGCGAAUGGAGUGAAGUGUCUCCUACUGUUAUUCCCAAGACUGAUGUUGAUGUUCGUGCACCUGCCUUCAAAGAGGAGCUCAGGAACAUGAGUGUCAGAUACAAGAGCAAUGCAACACUUGUUUGCAAAAUUACAGGACAGCCUAAGCCUGUAGUGAAAUGGUUCAGACGUGGCAAAGAGAUUCAGUCUGAUGGCAAAAAAAUUAAAGUGCAGGAAUUCAAGGGCGGCUAUCAUCAGCUUGUCAUAACUGCUGCAGAUGAAGAAGACUCAACUGUCUAUCAGAUCAGAGCAACAAACCAGGGUGGAUCAAUCUGUGCAACAGUCUCCCUGGAUGUUGAAGUUCCUGCCAAGAUAAAUCUGCCCAAGAAUCUGAAGGAUAAGGAAGCAAUUCCAGCCCUUCGUGGUGAAGUGGUUAACAUCAAGAUUCCAUUCACUGGCAAACCUGAUCCAGUCAUUACAUGGCAGAAGGGACAAGAUCUUAUUGACAACGAUGGAUACUACCAAGUCAUUGUAACAAGAUCAUUCACAUCCCUUGUGUUCCCCAAUGGAGUUGAAAGGAAAGAUGCUGGAUUCUAUGUUGUUUGUGCAAAGAACAGAUUUGGCAUUGACCAGCAAACAGUUGAACUUGAUGUAGCUGAUGUGCCUGAUCCUCCACGUGGCAUCAAAGCCAGUGAGGUCUCAAGAGAUUCAGUGACUCUGAACUGGGUUGCACCUGCCAGCGAUGGUGGUAGCAGAGUAAGCAACUACAUUAUAGAGAAGUGUGCCACUACUGCUGAAAGAUGGAUUCGUGUUGCACAGUCACGUGACACUCAUUACACUGUCACCAACCUCUUUGGAAAAACAAGUUAUCAAUUCCGCGUUAUUGCUGAGAACAAGUUUGGUCUAAGUGCACCAUCAGAAACAUCUGGACCUGUGGUAACCAAAGAAGACAAAUCAAGAGUGCUCAACUAUGAUGAAGAAGUUGAUGAUACCACGCCUGUCUCUAAAGGAAGAGCUCCACACUCUGAGGCCAAGAAUUUGCACACUAAGUACAUGAUUGCUGAAGAGCUUGGACGUGGCCAGUUUGGCAUUGUUCACCGUUGUGUUGAGAUCAGCUCUGAGAAGACCUUUAUGGCCAAGUUUGUUAAAGUCAGGGGUGCAGAUCAAGCCCUCGUGAAGAAAGAAAUUGCAAUGCUGAAUAUUGCCCGUCACAGGAACUUCCUGUGUCUUCAUGAGUCAUUUGAUAGUGCUGAAGAAUUAGUUAUGAUCUAUGACUUUAUCUCUGGUGUAGACAUAUUUGAACGCCUUGGCACAGCCAACUUUGAGCUCAAUGAGAGAGAAAUUGUCAACUACAUCAAACAGGUCUGUGAAGCUCUUGAGUAUAUACACAGUAGGAGCUAUGGUCACUUUGACAUCAGACCAGAAAACAUUGUGUAUACCACAAGAAAGGGCACAAACAUCAAGAUCAUUGAGAUAGGACAGGCUAUGAAACUUACACCUGGAGACAUAGUCAAAGUUCAGUUCACUACAGCUGAAUAUGCUGCACCUGAAAUCCACCAAAAUGAAAUGGUGAGCACAGUUACAGACAUGUGGUCAGUUGGUGUCUUGGUGUAUGUGCUUCUUAGUGGACUCAAUCCAUUUUCAUCUGAAACUAAUCAGCAAAUGAUUGACAGCAUUUCAAAUGCUGAGUACAGCUUUGAUGAUGAGUCUUUCAAGGAAGCUAGCAUUGAUGCAUUAGAUUUCAUCGACAGACUGCUUACCAAAGACCGCAAACAUCGUAUGAGUUCUGCGCAAGCUCUGGAACAUCCUUGGUUGACAAAGAGCACUGAGGAACUGAGCACAAAAACAAUCAAGAUCGCAAGACAUAAGAGGUACUACCAGUCUAUGGUCAAGAAGGAGUGGAACACAGUUGUUUCUUCAGCUCGUGUUGCUUCUGGUGGGGCCAUCAGAAGUCAGAGAGGUGUAACAGCGGCUAAAGCCAAGAUUGCGCCAUUUGAACACGGCCCUAUUGCAGGACCAAUCAGGCACAAUGUUUCAGAUGUAGGUGGAGAGGUGAAGUUCGUCUGUAGCAUUGAGAACUUUGACAGUAACACCGAGGUGACUUGGUACUGCGGAGUGAGACAACUUGAAGAGGGUGCUAAGUAUGAAAUCACCUAUGAUGAUGAAGAGGGAAUUGCAACUAUCACCAUCAAGGGAGUAUCAAAACCAGAUGAUGGAACCUACAGAUGCAAGGCCGUCAAUGAAUAUGGUGAGGAUUCUGCCUAUGGAGAACUCUUUGUCAAUGGAGUUAGAAAAUACCGUGACUUCUUCACGUCACGUGUUGUAAAGAAAGUGAAGCGCAGAGUUGACACAACAAGACUGCUCCAGAGACCACCUGAGUUCACUUUGCCUUUGAUGAACCGCCGUGCUUACAUUGGUGAGGAUGUUCGCUUUGGUGUCACUAUCACUGUGCAUCCAGAGCCACGUGUUAUGUGGUUGAAAUCUGGGCAGAAACUCGUACCAGGCCAUGAUGAGAAGAAGUACACAUUCAUAACAGAUAAGGGUCUGUAUCAACUUGUGAUUCACAAUGUUGAUGCUGAUGAUGAUGCUGAAUACAGCGUUGUGGCACGCAACAGAUAUGGUGAUGAUAGCUGCAAAGCAAGACUCACCAUCAGUCCUCGUCCUCCUCCUGCUGAUAACACUUUGAGGCCUAUGUUCAAACGUUUGCUUGCUAAUGUUGAUUGUAGGGAAGGCCAGAGUGCACGCUUUGAAGUGAGAGUCUCAGGAAAACCAGACCUGAGGUGGGAGAAGGAUGGCGCACCUUUGGCAUUCGGUCCACAAAUCGAGGUUGUGCAUGAGGGCUUGGACUACUUUGUGCUACAUGUAAAAGACACUCUACCUGAAGAUUCAGGAGUUUACAGAGUCGUUGCCACAAACUCUGCUGGGUCUGCAAGUUGCCAAGCCACGCUUAAGGUGGAACGUGUCACACAUGUAAAGAAGGACUAUGAGGCUGAAGACAAGAAGAAAAAGAAGAAAGACACUGAAACAGAAGACAUUGACAAGAGAGCAAGACUCUCAAUGAUUCUUGCUGGUGCUGAUGUCACACCUCUUACCCCAGUUGCACAGCAGGCCUUGAGGGAAGCUGCCACUAUGUUCAAACCAGCAGUGGUACCAAAGAAGGGUAGGUCUGAAGCUGAAGAAGCCAGAGAAAAGGAAGAGCGCAAAAAGAGAGCAGAGGAAAAGAGGCUGAGAAUGCCCUAUGUUGUACCACCACCUCGUGAGCAUGCUCCAAAUGUACUUGAAGAGGAUAUGGAGAUCAAGUACUUUGUGCCCUUCUCUGACAUGAAAUGGUACAAGAAACUCCGUGACCAGUAUGAAUUCCCUGAGCCUAUGGACAAGAUCCCGCAGAAGAGACUCAAACGUAUCCGCCUCUCAAGGUGGGAGCAAUUCUAUGAUAUUCCUGUAAGAAUCAAGGACCAGUAUAAGCCAAGAUGGCACAUUCCAACUGUUUCUCAAGAUGAUCUCGAAACAGUAAGACCAGCAAGACAUCGUACACCUUCCCCAGAAAUAGAGAAUUACUACAGAAUCAGGAGGAGGUCUCUUGGUGAUUUGUCUGAUGAGGAACUCCUUCUGCCAGUCAAAGACUAUCUGUCUAUGAAGCAAACAGAGGAAGAAAGGCUUCGUCUUGAAGACGAACUUGAACUUGGAUACUCUGCUUCUCCACCUAGUUUGAGCCCUGUGCGUUUUGAACUUUCUGCACUACGUCAUCCAUCACCACAGAGAGUGGCGUAUGAAGAAGAUGAAGAGGGCGAGGAGGUCCCAACAUAUGACUCCUAUCGUAUUCCCUCUAAAUAUGAAGCUGGCCCCAGCUACAUUGACUUGCGCCAGCGUCAUGACAAGGCUACCUACAGGCCUCCAAGGCAGAAGCAGAGAGUAUAUGAAGAAAAGGAGGACCAAGAGCUACUCCGCUCAGUGAAAACCACCCAAAGAAUUACUUCAUACAAGAGUCAGCUCAAACGCAUGGAGUUUGAGGAUAAAACAAGAGUGACUAAAAAGGAGAAAACAACUCAUGCCCCAGUAAUGUCUGAGGGUGGCGCGAUGCCUUAUGUCCCAUUACCAUCUUCAACAACCAUGCCAAAGAGGAGACGAUCACCAUCUCCUAAACCUCGCAAAACACCUGCAGCUGAGACUGAGGCAGCCAGGAAGCCAUCACCUGCACCAGAGAAGCCACGCACCGCAUCUCCAAGUGUUGCCUCCUCAGAGAAAGUAGCCUCUAUUGACUUGUCAGCAAAGGUUGACUACAUGUCAAGGUAUGAGGCAAAGAAAAAGGCAAUUAAAUCUGUGAAGAAAGUUGAGGUUACGACACAACAACCAUUCAGUCUUGACCAUGCCCCACGCAUUACAAUAAGAAUGCGCUCUCAUCGUGUGCCAUUUGGACAGCACACAAAAUUCACUCUGAACAUCCAGUCUCAGUCACAAACAGAGGCCAAAUGGCUCCACAAUGGACAGGAGAUUCAUGCAAGCAAUAAAUACCGUAUGAGUAAUGUGAGUGGAGUUCUGACCCUUCAAAUCAUGGAUUGUCAGUUAGAAGAUAGUGGUACCUAUCGUGUUGUUUGCAAAAAUGCUAAGGGAGAGACCUCUGAUUAUGCUACUCUUGAUGUGGCAGAAGGAGGAUACUCUUCAUUUGUCACUAUUCGCCAAGAAGAGGAGCCUCCUGUUCUCUCUCUCCCAAAAAUGACCAGAACUGAUGUUUACCAAGUGUCUUCAAAAUCGGCAGCAUUUGAAGAGACAGAAGUGUCUUCAGUGAUUUCCUUGAGUGAAGUGGAGACUAUUAGUGAAACAGUGGAGACUCAUGAAGAGUAUGCAUCCUCUGAAUCAAAGCUGCAAGUCCUUGAAGAGACUGUAAUAGUAGAGGCUUCUGUUGAGCAAACAAAACCAACUCUCCCUGCAACAAUUCUCAUCAAACCACUGUCACUGACAGUGUCUGAGGGAGAAACUGCCAGAUUCUCAUGUGACGUUGAUGGUGAGCCAGCCCCUAGUGUGGCCUGGCUCCGGGAAGGACAAGCCAUUGUAACCUCUCACCGCCACCAUGUCUCAACCACACAGUACAAGUCUACAUUUGAGAUUUCCUCUGUUGAACUCUCCGAUGAAGGCAAUUACACCCUUGUGGUUAAGAAUUCCGAGGGCAAGCAGGAAGCUGAGUUCAGUCUCACCAUCCGCAAACCAUCAGCUGAGGAGAAAGCCGUUGCCUCACCUCCUAGAGUGAAGUCACCUGUUGCCUCACCCCCACGGGUAAAAUCACCAGAGGCAAUCAAAUCUCCAAAGAGAGUGAAGUCUCCUGAACCUGUUAAGUCACCACCAAGAGUGAAGUCUCCAACAUCUCCGAGGUCUCCGAGGUCUCCAACUCCCAAGGAGAAGCCUUCUUUCACCAUGGGUCUGACAGAUGUCUCAGCAGCCUCAGAUAGCAUUGUGAAGCUGACUGUGAAGGUGUCUGGAGAACCAAAGCCCAAAAUCUCUUGGACGAAAGAUGGAAAGACUCUCUCCCAGGGUGGGAAAUAUGAAAUCUUUGAGGAGCAUGGGUCAGUCUAUCUAGAAAUGUAUGAAUCUGAGGUUUCAGAUAGUGGAAUGUAUAAAUGCACUCUCACAAACAGUGCUGGCUCAAUCUCCUCAACCUGUACUGUCACAGUUAAAGCAUCCGAACAGAUGAAAACUCAAAAGGAGUCUGUAUCCACAUAUGAAACCAAGGGAGAAGUCGUUGAACAAAUCACAAAAAGGGAAAUUAUUCAUGAGGAAGUCCAGUCUUACACAGAAGUAAAAGCAUCCCACACCCAAAUGACCAUGACAGUGGGUCAGUCAAUGACACUGAAAGCAAACAUCCCUGGGGCUACUAAUGUCAAAUGGAUCCUGAAUGGAGUUGAAGUUGCCAACUCAGAGAGCUACAGAUAUGGAGUAUCGGGAAAUGACCAUACAUUGACAAUCAAGAGCAUUAGUCAGCAGGAUCAGGGAAUCAUCACGUGUGAGGCAAAGACUGACCAUGGGGCUGUCAAGUGCCAAUUCGAUACAACGAUCAGUGAGGCGCGUUGCGAUGCACCAUCAUUCCUCAGCCAGCCAAAAUCUCAGAAUGUCAAUGCAGGACAAAGUGUAGCAUUCAAAUGUGAAGUAUCAGGAGAGCCUUCUCCUGAGGUUGAGUGGCUUAAAGACAAUGUCCUGAUCUCUGUAACAUCAAACAUGAAACUGAGCCGUUCAAAGAAUGUGUACACCCUGGAGAUAGAGGAGGCCACUGCUGCUGACAGUGGGAAAUACACAGUCAAAGCUCAGAACAAGUUUGGACAGUGCUCAGCUACUGCAUCUUUAAAUGUUCUUGGUGUGCUAAAAACACAUGGGGCUCUCCUGGAUGAUUUCAGCUUCGGAAAAGGAAAGAUUUUGACAGUCCCCUGCGCUUUCUCAGGAGAGUCCACACCUUUCAUUGAGUUGUCCCAUUCAGGGAGGACUGUCCAGUGAGGAGGGGGGAGAAAAGAGGAUCUCACAACACUCGCUGUGUGAAGGAGAACAAUGCUGGAGCAUACACCCUCAAGCUGUUCAAAGAGCCUGGAUCUGACACUGCAGCAGUCAAUGUCAACAUUUGAUCUAUGUAUAAAAAAGAGAAAAAUCAUAAUAGAAAUUCUACCCCUAUCCCAUUUCCUUUCUUAUUCAGUGCCUUUUUAUUUAUUGAAUGAGUUGAAAUACUCAUUACUUGAUAAAGACCUGGAUUUCUGUUCUUGUAAAUAUGAACUAUUUUUAUACCAAACUUGACAUUAAUUUAUGCCACACUAGACUAAAGUCUAAAGUUGUUAUAAAAUGUGCCAUAUUGGAUAAUUAUGACUAGGAUUUUUGAACCAUUUUUCUGUGACAUGUACAUAAUGUAUAUAGCCGAAUUUACGGUUAUGGAAAAUGUAUGAAUUGUUAUUUAUGACAAUAACUGAAACAAAAGGAAACUAAAUGUUUAACAGGAGAAAGUUUCACAUGAAACGAAUACCCUGAAAAACUAGAAACUAAACUAUGUGCCUCAACAAUAAGUUGAAGUCUUAAGAUUGCCUCAACAGGUAGAGAGGCUCCCUGUUGAAGUUAAACUAAAUCAGACACAAUGAAAUGCACUGAUGCAUCUGUGCAUUUGAUAUUUCAACACACAUAUGAUUUUAAAAACUAUGAUCAUAAGACCUUGAGUGCUGUUUGCAUAUUACCCUCAUGCAAGCAGGACGACUAGGUCUUGUGUUCAGACUGAUUAUGUCAUACCACCAUUUUGAUGACAUGCUCAAAGUGCGAGCGGCCUGCACUUUGAGCCUUUUUUAUUUUAUUUUAUUGUGCACAGGUUCUGGCAUAGGACCAUUUGAAUUGGAUUUUCUAAGUAACAUCACCUGGCCAUUUAUUUUUCAAAAUUCAAUUUAAGUGCUUCUUUGCAGAAUCAGUGCCACCUCUUGGAGGAUUGCUAGGUAAUUGUGUGUGUUUUUGUGUUAGUGUGUGUUAGCAUUAGAACCUCACAUUGUCAGUAGUCAGGGUAAAAAACAAGCAAGAGUGCCACAGUUUCACCAUCUGCUGUGCUAAGAACAUGACUUAAUACAUGUAUACAAUGCCCUGCACUUUGAUUGAACUUAUUUAUGUAGUACUUAUAUAUUCAACCUCCUUGAGUUUUAUGAUUACUGAUUUAAUAAAGCAUGAUUGCAGCACCAUAA